AUGGUGGAUUUGGCAAACAUGGAGACCGUGGAGAAGGAAUGCGGGGCCCUCGGGGGUCUGUUCCAGGCGAUUGUCAACGACAUGAAGGUAAAUAAAAGCUCGAUUCUUUCCAUUUGACUGAACUGAUCGUGGUCAACUGAUCGUGAUUCUACACAUGUGCUUCCUCUGUGAAAAUCAGCCCCAGUGAUGGAGCUGCAGGCUCAGUCUGAAAUAUGGGUUUAAAUGUCUGAACGUCUCAUUCCAUAAGCUGAUCGUGGUUUAGCUUUGGUUUUACAUGAACAUGCACUGAUGACUCGGUUUGAAUGACACUGGCGAUGCGGCCCGGUAGGUUGCGAGGUCGAACCCUCUCCUCCUCCUCGUCCUCUUCAUCCUUUAUCCUUUGAGUAUUGGUUGGGCAUGCAAACGUCCAUGCAUCCGUUAACAGACCUGCUGGAAAUGAAGCUCACCUAUAUUUCCCUGCAUCAGUGAGAGAACAAAAACAGCCAGUUUCGCUGUUUGCGCUCUGUUCAGCAGAAUCUGCGGUCAUACGCACUUUGGUGAGGGCGGCCUAUACGCCGGAGCUCCUCGGUCCCCUAAUUAGCUGGAUCUGAAUUCACCUCAAUGGGUUUCAUAGACAGGCCUCGGAAUCAGAUCAAACCGUGCCCCAAAACAGGACGCGUCUUUGCGCCACAGCUCUGCCACAUACCGGUACAUGCUGGGGCAGAUGAGAGUCUGGGUGGAUAACCGCUUUAGAAGCUCCACCAUCACCAUCAUCAUCACGUUCGUCAUCGUCUCAUUUUGUCUCUACUCUGUGCAAGAUGAUAUGGAGACAUGUCUCUGCACACUUAGUCCCUCUGCAUCGUCCUUUCCAUGUUACAGUGAGUCUCCGUCAGAGUGCAGCGUCAUUGAUUUUCUGUCAGACUCAUCAGGCAGCAAAACAUGAAGGCGUGAGAGGCUGAGCAGCAGUCAGACAGCCAGCCUGUAUGCCUGCCUGCCCGUCUGUUAUUCUGUCUGUACGACUGCUCUGUGUCUGUUAUUCUGUCUGUGGGUGUUUCUGCAGCUCGGUCGCUUCCUCUCCAGGCCUAACCCUCCCCACAUAUUAAAUGCUGUGUCUCUCGUCUGCAGCUGGGAGCUGCUGUGGACGGAAGCAUCCAUCAGACCCUCUCUGUCAAUAUGUCUGCCUGUCAGACAGCCAUGCAGCUCUGCAGCCUCUCAGUCUGCUGCUCCCUCUUUCCUCUUUGUCCAUCUUGCUGUACUGACUUCAUUUUGGAGGCCUUUACUCAAACAUGGAGCAGUCAGCAAGGGAACAGGUAGCUCAAAUUAAGGGGUCAGUUUUCUAUAAUACAGGCUGAUUAUUGUGGUAUUAAUCAUAUUAUAUCAGGCAUCUUGUCAGCAUCAGCUGUGGCCUGUCAGAAUAAGGGUGGGCUGGUAAAAAAUGUAGUGGUCUACCAUGAUCGUAACUCAGAGGUGAGAGAGUCUGACUGGUCCUUGGUAUGGGGCUGGUUUAGACACUCUAGGACACAGAGGCUUUGUCUUUGAUAAGAGAGGAACAAAAUUGUAUAUGGAAACUCUGCAUGAGUCUCACAAUCUAGCAUGAUGAUCCCCCUGUAAAGAAACAGUCUCGGCUGAUUGACCUGAAAUAUUUAGGAGGGUCAUUGAUCUGCUGAAUUUCAAUGAAGAACUGAAGGGUCACAGGGCAUUUUAGGUUUAAAUCAGUAAAUAUGGAAGCUGUCUGUUUCAGUACCGUACUGACCCUAAUAAAAGCCAUCAGAAAAGACUAGUAUUGUUCUAUAUUUAUAAAAUAUUCAAAGAUCAGCAUUGUCAAACACAACAUCUUAAUGUUUAACAUGUGGAAUCACUUACUCUAAAAUGUACUCACCUGCAGGCAGGUCACCGAGAAUAAACUCUGCGUGUUUCUCACAUCAAGAGCUUUCUUUCCCGCAGAGAGGAUCCAAGUAUUUAGAGGCUGUCAAGAUCCAAUCCCCCAAACAAAGGUAAUUUGAGACGAUUUAUGGAGUCAUUUUAGUCAAACAGAGACAUUUCUGUUGCUAACGUACACUGCUAGAUAAGGGCUGAUGUCUUGAUUGAGUGUGUGGACCAAUCAGAGGCUCUAUCUGCAAUCAGCUGAUGGGUAAAGGUCCAAUUAGAAGCCAGAAGUCAUGGCCCAGUUAAACACAGGUGUUGGGAAGAUGGAUCCAUCUUUUCUGUGUUUUAACUUCCUCUAAUGUAAAAUGACCUGGUCUUUAUUUAGUAUUUUCUUAAACAUUACUCUUAUUACUGUCAUUUAUUUAUGCUGCUGAAACUACAAAUGUCAGGACAGUUUGCAGAAACAUAAGGAAGAGGAAGAUGAUAACUUUUCCCUCAUCAUUAUCAUCAUGCCAGUGAUCCCUGUCCAUGCAUUAAAGGGAUAUUCUGGCAUAAAUUUAAGUUAUGGUCAAACACACUGUAACACCGAGUUAGACACCCCCUUGAGAGAGGAAUUUUGCUGACCGCUUGCUUCUCUAGUUAUACCAACUUCAUCAAUGACCGCAUAAUAGCAAUACACAGCAGUCUACGUCUCUACACGCAAACCUCAACCAAAAAGCCACCCUAUAGCCACAAAUAAUGCUCAGAACAGCACCUAACUUCAUCAACAGUACAUAUAGGGUCCCAGCCAUAGUACUAGCCAUCAAACAUCUUUUAGCUUUGCCUGAUUUCUUUAGCAAAGAGAUUAAACACAACUCACCUACUCUCUUCCAGCAGCCGCUUGUUUGUAGGGGAGCCCUGACCAGUGCGGCAGAUCAUUUGCAUGAAGUAAUAAUCAUCAUAACAAUUAUUUUGCACUGCAGACACAGUAGUUCUUCUGCCUUAUCUCGGUCUGAUUACAUUUCCAUGAAGUAAUGAUCGUAAAUGUUCUUCCUUGAGCUGCAAAACUCUGCUGCACUCGGUUAUAACAUUCAUCUCUUGAGGGGGUGUCUAACUCGAUGUUACGGUGUGUUCGACCAUGACUUAAAUUUAUGCCGGAAUAUCCUUUUAAAACAUGAUUUAUGGUCCUAUCUUAAACAGUUUUUCUAAAGCCCAAUAAACACUAUAAGCUUCUAUAACACACAAUAAAGCCAGUCUUGAAAUCAACAACAGAAGAAGUAGCCUGCCAUAAUCAUGCCAACAGCCAGGUGUUUUCUGCCGACAGCUGACGCCCAUGGAAACCCCUGGAUUUUGUAUCAGGAAAAUAUUGUGACAUGAGAAGCACCACCAUCUGUAAGCACGUUGUCCAAAAAAUAAACCCGACAUGAGUCCUCUCUGUCUUAUAAACCAGUGGAGUUUCAGCCUCCAGGCAGAAUCCUUGAACACUGUCUGUAAAUGGUUUGAGUGGUGGAGGUCAUCUCAGUGUUUUAAGCUCAUUGUUUCAUAAAGACAGAUUAUUGCCUUUUUGCUGUUACAGUGGGACAUGUAGGAGGAAAAGACAAGAAUAAUCCUAGACAUCAAAUCAAUCCUAAUCCAGCACAUGAGGCAUAAAUCAAAAUUUUUUUCCUGUACAGAAAGAAAUGUACUGUUUGAUUUAGAGUUCAACAUUAUAAGGAAAAUUGUUAACUCAAGUUCUCAAGUAGAGUCUGCAAACCAAAGAUUUUCACUUUGAUUGAUUAUAUUGGUGAUUCUCUGUAGAAACAACUCUGCAGUCAAAGAUGACUAACAUUUUUAUGGACUAAGUAAAGAGAAGUCGUUGACAUUGAAGGUUUAAGUUUAAACUGAGAGUGAUAUGCUACUGUGUCCUGUCCUUACUACAUUUUGUUUAGUGUGGCUCUCAAACAAUUCUGUUUAUUUUUUGAUGGUAAUCCAAAGAUCUGGCUUCUGUCUCAUAGUGGGAACACUAAAACUUCAUCUGUUACUACAACAGGCUUUUGUGAUGCAUGUGGCGCAGUCUUUCCAAACCUCAAAAAAUCAUUUCAGCUCUGUUUAGUUCAGGUGCUGGAGCAGAUGGCCCACAAACAGAACCAGGCCAGAUCCAUGCAUAUGCAGAGCUUUUCACAAAUUACAGUUUUCUCUCUGUUUCAAUUCUUCAUGUUGAUAAAACAUGAAAUUAAAGCAGCCCUCAAUGUGCAGUGCAUGAGGCUAAGACAUCAGCUCCCAAAUACCUCUGUUUCAGUCUUCCACACAGUUACUAUAAAUUAGUAAGUUUGCAUAAUGGAGGCGUGACCCAGGAUAUUCAGCGAUAGCUCGUUCAAAACCAUCUACAUCCAGACCCCCUUAAAGUCCCACUUCAACCUUUUUUUUUUCACUACUUAAAGUGUUCUCAGUGGUCGUUAAAUUGUGAUUAUGAAGUUUUUAGCCAAAAUCAUGUUACCUGUGUCAUUUUCAGGGGCUUUUCUUCUGCAGAGCUCCAGUAGCUCAUUAGCAAUUUGUCUCUAAGUUGUGUGCGGAGUCAGCGCUGCUCUGCAUACUCCUCUUCAUGCUAGCUUGCAGCCUAACAUUGCCGGUGUAGAAGAAGAAGCAGGUAACAUAGGAGCUAUUCCGCUCUCUCAACGUCUUUAGGGGCAUUGUGAAAGUUAAUAUCAUAAUUAGCUUUCUUAUGAGCAUUGCAAUCCGCUAACGCAUACACUUGUUCUGCAAUUGUCCUCUCUAUUUUUCAGUGUGGCCUGCAUAGCGGGGCUCUGGGGGCGGAGCUUGGAUUUGCUACGUAGGAAAUAUCACUGUGUCUAAGCCUGCUGUUUGGGCCUGCCAGAGAAUCACAGUGAUUUGAAUGCAGAAAUACUCAGAAAUGUAAUUUCACACUUACUUUUCUCAUGAUAUGUCCUGUAGCAUCAGAAAAAUACCACAUGAACAUGCAGACAAGAAAAAUAUGAUUUUCAUUGGAGUGGGUCUUUAAGGAUGAGGCCACAGGCUCCUGUAGAUCAUAUCAUCUUAACUGUCUCUGCCCUGUGAGCUCUGCUUUUCUUUAGCAGUCCACUAAUGACAAAAUGACAAAACUACAGCAUGUUAUAAAAAGGAAACCGCCCCAGUUAAGUCCAAAUGAUUUCUUUGAGAUUAUAAAGAAAAUGAAAGCUUUCAGAGUUUUCAAAUCAAAGCAUGUGUAUUUGUGCUUAGCUUUAAAUCUGGUCAAUGUUGCUACAGUUUAUGACUCAGUAUUUACACUGUGAUAAUAUCAGUGAGGAAGUGCAGUGUCUCUUAUUUAGGGGAAUUAACACUUUAUUUCUGUCCCCUUGACACCCGUCACAGUGGGUGGGCUGUAGCUGUGGUUCAAAGUCAGUAAACAGUGAAUAUUCAAGAGGAGCUCCAUCCUGAGAUUCACUGAUUUAAACCUUUUCAGAAGCUCCUGCAGAAGAGGAAACAGAAAGAACCAUUUUGUGUGAGUAACAGACUGAUAAAACUGUCCAUCACCAUGAGCACCAUUCAGGUUGGUUGCUUAGCAACAUCAUCACCUAUGACACAGCACCUAUAAGGCUCUUAAACAGAGCAGGAUGAUGGUGUAAGGGGCUGUGACAGCUAAUAGUUGUAUUUAUGGCCUGUGUUUAACAUGAAUUUACAUUAAGGUGCUGCAGCUGCUUUCAGACACUCAGUUUACGUGUAGAUGUUGCUAAAUUGUUCUUUGGACUCAGGAGGAUUGUGUUCACAAUGUCUCUAAAGCUCCAGCCCUGAGCUCACAUUUAUUACAGACAUUUUUUUUUUUGCAUCAUAUUUAUUCUCCAACAAAAACAGUCAGUGAAGAGAAUGAAAUUUGUUGAUCAGUUUCUGAUGAAAACCACUUUAAAAGCAGCUUCCUGCUCCUCUUUCUCUUACUCCGUUUUCAUCUAUUAUUCAUGAGCUUUUUAAAGCUGCUCAUGUUUAUGUUGCCCCGCUCUCUCUGAUAUAUGUGGGUCACUACAAACUUAGCCAAAAACACUCCUGCCCAGUCUGGUGGACGAGUUCUGAGUCCCAGAGGAGGUCCUGAAUGUGGAUGAGACGUAUUGAGUCAUUGGCCUGAGAAAAACUCUUUGACUAAAGAGAAAACAAUGUGGCUUUAAUCAGAGUUUAGAGCUCACUGGGAAGAAGCUAUUUGUCAGGAGAAGUAGAUGGAUUAAUAGUUUUUCUGAAAUGGUUCUCAGAAACAGGCUGAUAGCUUUGGUUAUUGAGCCAAUAAAAGACAAAGGAAAAUGCAGUCAGUGCAGAGGAGACAGCUUUAAAACACAAAUACACAUCUCUGCCUGGAGAUUUAAACACUCUGAGGCUGUACAAAUAAAAGUUUUAGGGCUGUGAGAUUCAAACAAAAAAAAUAAUGCCGCAGUAUGUUUGGAGUUUUUACAGAUGACAGCUGAUGACAGUAACAAACAUCCUUUUAUCGUUCAAGGUGGGGUCAAGCAUGUCUCUAAGUUAAACUGUGCUGUCUGUCCAUGUCAGCAGAUUGCAUUGAUGCUGUUUAGAAAGCACUUUUUCUUCCUCUUUCACAAUCAUCUUCCUCUUCAUCCUCCUGCUCCUCCCUUCCUCUUUCUGCCCUCCGAGGAUCCUCCACCCUGUUUAACCUCAUGUCCCUGUUUCAUGUGUGCGAUCUGUAUCUUUACGAACAGUUAUUUUUAGCGUGUUCCUGCUGCAGUAGAGCUGAUAAUGUUCAUGAAGCUGCACUGCAGGAGCCUCACAGAAGCUCAUCAUGACCAAACACAAAGAAAGCAGAGUAAUGGUUGGUUGUUGGUCUUCCUGCAGGUUUUAUAGGAUGUUUGCUGUUUGAAUAGAUAGCCAGAAAAAAUGCUCCCAUAUGCUCAUUCAAUAAGCUGUGUGUGUGUGUGUGUGUGUGUGUGUUUGUGUGUGUGUGCAGGCGUUAUGUCGUUGUCUGCCAAUGUGUACUGCCUGAGGCUAUGUCUCGCUACUUUCUAGUGAAUUACACACACCCCCACACACACUCACACAAAUACACUCACAGGUCAGUGAGGGGUAAUAUGAAGAGACACAGAGGUCGUGUUCACGGUCAGCUGGCUGUAUGGGCCAAUAGUUUCUGUGCUGACAGCAGCAGGAUGGAUGAAAUAUAAAAAAAGAUUUAUUUUUUUUAUUUACAGCAGACAAGAAAGGCUCUUAUUUUAUAAUUAUGCUUGGUUUGCUUAAAAACAAACAAACAUGUACAUUUGUUUACAUAACUAAGAAAAGCCACUUCAAUCAAAUGUGCAAGAAUUGUUCUCCAAACAUUUGCUGUUAAAAAGUCCUACAUAAAGUUAUAGCUGUGAAUAUAUGCAAUAAAUAUUGAUGUCAAUUUGGACUGGUAACACUUGCGGGGGAUGACAACCAAAAAGUCCUUUAGUGGGCAAGAGGAAAGAGUAAUUUUCACUGGACAAGUAGAGCUGAGUGUCAUCAGCAUAGCAGCAGAAUUUUUUGACCAAACAAACAGAGGAUGUAACCAACAGGGUGGAGACAGCGGAUGAAAAGAAGGGGCUCCAGGACAGAACCCUGAGAAACACCAGUGGUCGGGAUGUUAACAGGUAUUUGACUGUUAUAGAGAUAAGUAACAUUGUCUAGUACUACAUUCAGCUAUCAGGUUGAAGUCGUUUCAGUGCGAACCAGCUGGCUAAAGUUGUGCACAGCAGACAUGCUCAGUUUGGGGGGGCUGCAUUAGUUCUUGCUAACCCCAUCUUUGAAGCAAAGUCCAUAGACCGAUAAUAUGUCAACACAGAUAGAUUUCUCAAAUGAACAAAGCCCACACGUCUGCUUACCAGCAACAUUAUCACUGCCUUAGCAUGUUUUCUGCCUCUGGACUGAUCCUGGCCAGGUUUCGCAUGACUAUGUGGACACGCUUAUUUCAUCAAAAAUAACAAGUGAGCAAAAUUUUUUAUUUUUAUGAGUCUGGUCUACAUAUUAAUAUUCAGCAUUCAUUUUGUUGCUGUGAAAAAGUAUAACAUUAACAAUUGUUUUUGUUGUUAGAUCUAAGUUUCCUUUUUUGAAUGAUCAAGAACUGGUUGUGAAUCAUUUUUAUCCAUUGAUCACAGAGAGUAAGAGGAAAAUGCUGGGAUUAGAGAGUUUUUAGUUCAGUGCUCUGUAAACACAAGAGUCAGUCAGACUGUUUGGAUUGAUAGAUUGCUGUUGAACUUAACAUGAAGUUUUAUUAUUAGACUAUAUCAGUAACUCAUUAAAACCAAUGAGGUGCAGCCAUAGAUUGAGCCGUCAUACUUUAUGUGCAUGCAUACCAACAGAAAGAGUCUCCGAGAUCCAAAAUAAACACUGAGUCUCAGUUCAGGAACUCUGCAGAUUGACUGCAUGAUGUAACUGUUUGCUUUGAGGACUCGAACUGCCUCAGCUCAGCUGUGGUGAGAACCAUGGAGGGAUGCAGUUUGUGUUGGCUUUCCAUGUGCUGUUCUGUGGCCAUGCUUUGCACUGUACUAUGUGUAACCUUCCAUGUAACAGAGCUCACACACAGCCUCAUGUAUGCAUGCUGGUCAGUGGACAUUUCAUCUUGGCUUUAGUAAUGCUUCUGUGCAGAUUACUGUUCAUAUUAGCUCUUCACAUAUUGUACAUGUGCUCACUCCAUUAGCUCUAUCAUACAAUAAUUAAACAUCUGUUGUCUAUAUUAAAGUUUUUUUGGGUUAAACAUGAAGCCAGGGAAAUUUGUCACCUUUUUUUGUUUUCCUGUAUUCAUACAUUUUCUGCACUGAAAUCUGCACACCUCUGCGGUCCUUCUUGCACUGAAAGACAGCUAUCCAAAACUGAAAAAAGUCUGAAAGGUGCGGUUGUCUAGGCGAUGCUGUCAACUUUAAUUGAAUUUUAGAAGCAGCAGAAUGAAGGCAAGGGUUGAGUUUUUAUCUCUUAUCAGGGCUCAGAGUUUAACAAGUAUAGGGAGCACUUUCUCUGAAUGGUGGAUAUAUCUAGCAAUAUCGUUUAGCACCUGAGUUGUUUUGCGGUGGGAGCCUUCACUCAAAUAUUCACCAAUAAUAUGGCUAUCUGUGUGGUUUACUGUGCUCAUGGACUAUCAAACAGAUCUGUGCUUUAGCUGGUUUUUGUAGGAGGAGUCUGUAUGACUGACAACAGUAAUAAAAAGAUAAAUAACUUCAACAUUUACUCACCACUAUAGCGAAGGUGAUGAUGUCUAGUUGUGAAGUUGACCAAACAAGCACAGAUUGUAGGAAAGCUGUAAUGGUAUGGGGUUUCUUUCAGGUUCAGUUCUAGAGCCUUAAACCAAUGGAGUUCAGUGUAAACAUGGUCUGAAGCAGAUCUGCCUCCUCAUUAAAGCUGCAAACUGGAAAAAUGAAAACAUGCACAAACCAAGAGACCUGGAAGUAAAGUGGUCAGUGUCCUCACAGAGGCUGUCCAUUGUUGUCCAGCUCUUUAAAGGCCAGAGACAAUUAUGUCCUCAGACUGAGGGCCAUGCUGCAGAUCUCUGUGGGAGUGUUUCAUUAGUGCAGUCUAUGGUGUGAUUGUGUCUGUGUGGUCUAGAAGGCUUUCAACCACAGCACUGUUGUUUUAACCAGAGAGAGGCCAUUACCACAGCAGAGAGCUGACACGAACCACACCAAUGCAGCAAAAUGUCAUCAAACUGUCUUUAACGACAGCACAAUGUGAUGGAACUGUCAUUAAAGGCAGUACAAUGUGGUCGAACUGUCUUUAACUUUAAAGUUGAUGUAAGGUCUGUUGGGAAAUAUGUUACUAGAGGCCAUGCCUUUUUUAAAGCUCCUGUGAGUUACUUUAAAAGAUGGACUGUGGUAUCUUUUGUGUUAGCGUGGACUCCUUUUUGCAGAUGUUGUGUUUCUGUUGGUUUCAACCUCUGGUUAGAGAGUAACUACUUACAACUACAUUUUUUGUGUUCUUGUACCUGUGUGAGUAGUUUUUACAAUUAAUACUUUUACUUUUACUUAAAUAUUUUCUAGUAUUUUACUUUGAUUAAUUUUAGUACUUUGAUGAAUUAUACAAGUCAACAUUCAUUCAGUAAAACAAACAAAAAAAUCCCCUUAAAAACACACAAGCUUCCAUCAACUACACAGAAUCCAGCUUAUAGGAGAGAGUCCAAACUGCAAAGAUCUCCAAUCAUACCCUGUAGUUUUGUCCCAGUUCUGUCUCAUUAUUCUCAAACACAGCCACAAAGACCUGGAGGGCUCAGAUACAAAACUGAUUUCAUUAAAUUUCAAGCCAAACAUUUCUUGGAGAAGUUCCUCAAAACAAGUGUUACAUAUUGCUAGGGUUGGGUACCAAAAUUCGAUUUCAAGUGGGAACCAAAUUAAAUUUAGUUAGUACCAGGUACCACAAAAAAGUAAUAAUUUCUGUUCUGCUUUUCAGUUCCUUAAAUGGGCAAAUAGAAUUGGAUUCAUAUAAAUCCUAAUGAUACCCAUCCCUACACCUUGCUUUAAGAAACUUAUCUGUAAAACUGCAAUCAGUGAAGUCUUUCUUUCAGCUCAUGAUAAUAAUUAUCAUCCCUCUAUACAGCCAACUGUGACUUAAGCCUUCAGGGACUGACCUUAUGCCUUGUGGACGUCUUCUCCUUCAGGUUUCAUGGGAGUGCCUGACUGGGAGUGUUGACCCGGUAUGGUCUGGUCACUCAGGUAGAACCAGAAUCUGCUGCUGGAAGGAGAGAUGUGUGGAUUUACUCAUGAAGUCAGCUGGUAAUGCGACCAACCAAGAUAAAGAGUCAUCAGAAACUUGAUUUUAGGGUCUACUCAAGUGUUGAAGUUUCUCCCAUGAAUUUAUGAUUUUAUGCAUCUUUUAGAGGUAGUGUGUGGAAAUGCUUUAUGAUAAUUAGUGAUAUCUAGCCAUCAGGUUAUAGACUGUAGUGCUCCCAUUACACUUAUCAUUUAUCAAGGUUUGACAGGAUGGAUCCAAAAUGCUGUUGUCUACAGCAUCAUACUGUUAUGCUCACAAUAUUAUGCUGUUGAAGCAGAACAGUGGAGUACAUUGAUUUACUUUCCACUAAACACUGAUUAACUGUUAGUUAUUAAAGUUUGUGAAAAUAGCAUGAAGAAGACAAAUACCAAGCUGUCGAGAUUAUUUGAUAACAGCUGAGAUUUGUGCACAGGUAGACGUCUGACUAAGCGUACACCUUUGGUCUAACUGUGCAUGUGCUUGGUAACAUGAUUGAAACAGCUGGAUUGAUUCUUAGCUUAAUGAUAUAACAAAUCAAACUCAAACUGGUAAAGUUUUCCUGCUGAGAUCACUUCAUUUACCAUUAAUAGCAGAAAUCCAGGAAAAGUCCAACUUUCCACUGUACAUAUUGUAAGGUCCUCUGGCAAAAUCCACUCACCUUGUGGGACUAGCAGCUUUGUGUCGAUAAACUCUGUGUCUUUUACAACAUCCAGGAGCUUCUCUUUCCUACAGAGAAGAUCUAUCCAGAUCUAUUACAUGAAAAGCAAAAGUAAAGUGUACAAUUUUUGCACAAUAGUGUCAUUUUGUUGUCAAAGUACUAUGCCAAAGGCUGCCAGCUUUGCCUUAGUCUGUUGGCCAAUCAUCAGCUGUAUCUGUGAUCCUAUCCAUUCCCAUACUUUCUUUGUAAUCAAACUAAUUGCAGCAUUUUUGUUAUAAAGUAAACAUCAACCGAUAAAUUGGCCAACCGAUCGGCCGGCCAAUUUCCUCAAUUUUAGGGGAUCAGUGAACAAUCAUCGGUCAUCUGGAGCAUGAUCAACCAAGCAUGUUGAACCCACUACAAGGAAACCUAAAACUUAGGAAGGUUUAUUGGUGGUUUAAGUUUUGUUGUAAGUUUGCCCUGUAGAUUAUUAUUUUAUGUGAAGUUAAAAUAAACACAAAAAGUUUGUAUUGUUUCACAAGUAUUGUUCAGUGUUUUUCAUUAAAAUAAGAUUGGAACAUCGAAGGUGUAUGUCGUCAGUUUAAAAAAACAAAAACAAAAAAAAAAAUAUUGGCCAAAGUCAAGCUUUUUAAAGAAUGGUGAUCGGCCAGAAAAUUGUGAUCAGUUCUUAUUAUAGCUAAACCCCUGUUAAGUGUUUCUUCCCUAAACUUCAUAGCUUUUGAGGAACAUCUGGAGCUGAUCCAUUGAAGGUCAGAGUUGUAUUAAAGGACGCUUGAGAAGGUGGUGAAGCUGUCAGGUUUGGAGAGAGAGUGUAAUUCAAAGUCAGUGAGCUAAGGGCAGGUUGUGUGUCUCCAGCUUUAGGGUAAUUAUCCUCAUUGAUAUUCAUGCUUUUGUUUUUUAAGCAUUCUGACCUUCAAACUUUUUCCUCUCACAAACAGCCGAGUAAAAACAUUCACUUUGGUUCAUGAGGAAAAGGUGCCAACAUGCCAGCCGGAUCAUAGGAUGCCUAAAGAAGCGCUCCCUCGUUAGAGCUCGUUAAAAUCUCUGGGGUCGUUAGGGCCCCAGGGCUUGUUAGGGCCGGGCUGAUGAAUGGGAAGGACCGGCAGUGGGAGGCGUGGAAGCUGCUGGGAGAGAGCCAAGGCUGCCUCUCUCACUGAAGCCUUUGUGAGAGCUGUCAAAGCCUUCUCAUCACACUCAGCUGUUGACUGUAAAACACACUGAUCAUUAUGAACAGGCCAGGGACACAGAAUGACAAUGAGAGGGACAAAUCAAUAUUCUCUUGUUCAUCUCAGAAAAGAAAGCCCUGAAUGAGCAGAAAACUCUCCUCGUGCUCUAUAUAUCAGGGCUGUAAAAAGGUUUCUUUGGAUGUAAUUUAACACUGUGAGAGUUCUUUGACACAGACAGAGAUCAGUUAUUAUUCUAUGACAGUAAACACUGGCCUCCUACUCCUCCAGCUGAAGCAGUAAGACUGAGCUGGACGGUACAGCUGAGCAGAAAAUCAGAGAGCCAAGUGCAGCAUCUGCAUUCAGCCAUAAAAAAGUUUAGCUCCUCCUCUUUAUCAUCACUGACAGCCUCAGUGUCUCACAGCUUACUGUGUGUGCCAUGCAGCCUGCAGGGCCUCAUGUCACAAUCCCUUAUAUCUUUGAUUAGACACAACUAUAGAUCUGUUACACAGUGGUCAAGGUCAUCCUGAAGGUGAAAGCCAAGAAAGUUUGAUCUUAGUGAGGAAGAAGAUUUGUAAAAAAGGAUUAAUUUAUAGAAAAAGAAAACUGCUGCACCAGGUUGUAAUAGUUAGCAUACAGCAACGUUAAUGAGUAAAGCUGAUUAGACACAAUGAAAUAUGACAUGGUAAUGGAAGGCAGCCCUUACAACUUACCACUCGACCCAUGCUGACCUUUAUCGUCAUGGCUUUCUCCCUUUAAAGUUUAGAGUUCAGCAGCCAUUGACCUUUAACUGAAGUGACUUUGUUCUGUCAGUCAGGAAACUUGAGCAAACCAGUCUGUUAUACUCAAUUCUUUAAUUCAUACUUUUACCAUUAUUGCGUUUAUGUUUAACAUCAACCUGCCAAUGGGACUGGGGAUAGAAAUGAGCCAUUUGGCUAUAAUCCCACAUAUUUACAUGUAAAUGUUCAUCAAUAUCUCUACUUUUCCCAUUUUUAAAAAUAAAUAGAAAUAGAAAUAGAUGAGCAGCUCUUCAAACUUUAUCGUUAUCUUAUAGUGGUAUCUGUAAAAACCAUCAGUUCAGCUCUAAGAUGCUUUGUUUUAGCAGCUAUUCCACAGCAUUUGACACGGCUUUGCAGUCUGGGACCAAAAACAUUAUAGGCUACCUGUUAGUGCCUACUUGGCUUUCCAUUUCGUCAUGUUGGCAUAUGUUAAUUAUCGCUCUAUUAGCUGCUAUGCUAAUGUUACUUACAGCUUGUUGCUCCAAGCUGUCAUGAAUACCUCUUUAGAUCUUAAAGACCCACUCUGAUGAAAAUCAUAUCUUUUUUUGUUGUCUACAUGUUCAUGUGGCGUUUUUUUCUGUAGGAUGUAGGAUGUUCUGUAGGAUUUCUGAGGAUGUAUCAUGAAAACUAAGAUGCAAAGUUGCAUUUCUGCAUAUUUUUGUAUUCAAAUCGCUGUGAACCUCUGGCAUACCCAAACGGCAGGUUCAUAUCAUAGACUGUAUAAACAAUAGACAACAUGGUUCCGCCUCUCAUCACUGUAUGAAUUUGAAGCUUAAUUGCUCUCGGUAUUUCCAGGAUUUUCUCCACUUCCCGGAACCACCACUUGCGUAGUAGUAUUGUACGAAUUCGGCGGGAGAGUCCCCUUGGCGAUGCUCUGCUCAAACAGCAUAUCCUGGAUGACCUAUGCAAUCUUCCACAGGCUGUUUCAAGUGUCAAUCAUAGCAAACAUGAACCCCCUGAUAACUUUUAAAAAUGGAGCUGCACAGAAAAAAAGAACUUGAGCACAAACCAGUCUCACAGUAACUAUAUGUCAACAUCACAACCUGGGGGGAGAAAAAUGUAUAUUCUGUGUGAUUAAUUUCUAAAGUUUGUUUUCUAAUAAUAGUUUCUUUAACAUAGAAGAUCCCUGACCAGAUUUUAUGAACAUCUCACCGAAGGGUUAGGGUUACUUAAAAGAGUCUUUGUCAAACUGAUGCUAACUUCAGUGAGAAAUGAGUGAGUGUAAAUAGAGUCUGUCUUUAUGAAUACUUGAACUAUAAUCAUCUUAUCAUGAAUGGGGCUUCAGUUCUACUUUAAGAGAAUGACGAAAUGAAGUAAAAGACAUGAACAAAAUGAAGCUCUGUAAAAUCAUCAUUAUCAUUCACAUGUCAGUCUGAUGAUGAUUUUGAAAACAGCACUCGCAUCUGAGAGAGUUAUGAGUUAUCAGAAUUAUAAAUGAGAGGAGCGUUCAUUCUUUAAUGGAGCAGGAAACGUACUGUGGUGACUCUAGGGUCAGUAGCGUGGGGGUGGGGUGGUGGUGAAAAUAUGCUGAUAUCAGCACAAGAAGGCAAUUAAACACAAAAGGCAAUUCAUCUAUUUUGGUAAAAUUCUGCCACACUGCUGAUGUCUUUGACCCAGAUGGCAGAGGAAGAUUCUCAUAAAAGUUGAAAUGCUCAAAAUAAAAAAUAAAAAUUUAGCAAACAAUCAAACGGAGAUUAAUGUGGACGCUCUUCAAUCUUCCAGUCUCCAGUGGGUUGGGCAAAUCCAAAAUGGUGAAAACAAGGGGGUGUUCUGAGACAGGCUGUUACCUGUGAAACCCGAGUGCUCUGAAAACACCCCCAUUAGCACUUUUACGUUCCUCCUGAUGAAAUUAACCAUAGUCUGUAAAUUAAUGUGGAAAAAACAACUCAACCAAUCAGAAUUUUGGUAUAUAUUUAUAUAUAUAUAUAUAUAUAUAUAUAUAUAUAUAUUCAUAAAGGGGCCAUACAACUUUUUUUUCUUUCCUUUUAAGAUAUUGACUUCAUUUAGACGAUGAUACUCUCUAAAUUAGUUGGCAGACUUUCACAUGUUGCUGCGUAAGCCUCUUAAAGACCGAAUCACAGGCUGCAGAUCCACUAACUCAUUUAGUCUUUUCAAGCCUGCAUCUUCACAACAUGAAGAAUUACAAUUAGAUUUUAUUUUGUAACUGUUCAGCCUGGCAGAUAAUAGUUCAUUAACGUUUGUGAUCAAUGAGCUAAUGUUGUUCUUCAGCUUUUUUUUCCUGCUCCUCUCCCUGCUCUCCUCUCUCCAAACACCUCUGUAAUUAAAUCUAUGACCUCCUCAUGCUCCCAAACUUUGUUGCACAUCCAAGCUAAUGAUACGUGGAAGUGAGAGUUGUUUAAGGGGAGGGCACAGCACAUGCAAUGUUUUUGAAGAAGAAAGGGAGGGUGUGCAGCGCUUCAUUAAUAUAAGACAGCAGGAGUGAGACACAGCAGAGGCCAUUAUUAUAAUUAAAAAUAAAACUGAGUUAAUUGCCCAGCUCCAGAGUCUGUAAAAACUACAGGAAAUUGACUUCUGUCACAGUUUAGUCAGCACCUUUUUCACUGCACUGGACUGAUUUUGACACAGCUCUGGUACCAUAUCAGCACAAAAACAAACAAAAAAACAAAAAAACUGACAAAUUCACAGACAGCUGCCACAUGUUUAGGAUACAGGGAAAACUAAAUAUCUGUUAUCUGUUCUUUAAGCUAGUUGUUAGAAGAAUGGCUCAUGUGUUUUUAUUUAAUGGGACAGUUUAUCAUCAUGAUGCAAAGUGUAACUCUCAGAAAUGGUUUCCUUUGACCCUGAAGUUGAUGUCGUCACCUUUUAAGCCAAAAGACUGAUCAGAUUAGUGUGUCUCUGUGCUGUGGUUUAAGGACAUAUACCCUCUCAUGUGUUUGGAUUUCUUGGAGCUUUAAGACUGGUUCCUCUCUUUAUACAUUUUCUGUAAGUACUGGGGUCACAUAAUGCUUGGCGGCACUUACACUAAGUGGUCUGACUGAUGAACCUUCAUCGUCAGCCUUUCACAGGAUUGGAGGAUGGUACAUAAGAAGGACUUCAGCCUUGUGGAGGAGAGGAGAAAGGCUGCUAAGUGACACCUUUAUAUCUGUAAACCCUCAGUGACUGAUGGCUGCAGGGAAACACAGUCUGUUAAUGGCCUCGCCUCCUGUCCAUUGUGCAUUUUUCCUUUUUUUUGACUCUUUGCUGUCUUCUCACUGUGUAAAUCUCGCUAUAUCAUAGGGCUGGGAGAUAAACUGAAAAUUUCCCGAUACCAAAAUUUACAACAAUAACCAACAUCAUUUUGUCAUCACAUGACUCCACCCCAUCCAGUCCAUAACAAAGAGGAAAAGACAGGUGAGGAGAUGGAGGACAGUUCAACAGUUGUAGCGGCUGAAGUAGAUGAAGUUAAUGUGGAAGGGGGUGAGCAGCUUGUGGAGUAGUUAUCGUCCAUUUAUCAUUAUCAAGGUGAACUGCUCAAUAUAUCGUGAUAUUGAUUUGAGGCCAUUUCGCCCAGCCCUACUAUAUCAUGACUUAUGACUGAGUAUUUAUAUUUAUAAAUGUGAGACGCUGCAUUUGAAAUUUCAAUAUUACACUGGAUGUAAAAGGUUGUCACUGCAGUCAUUAAUGUUGUGGAUGUUUUCUCAUGUGCUGCUGUCUCAGCUCUUACUUUCACCAAGUAUACAAUCAAAACAGACUCCUCUUUUCCACUGAGCUGCAGAGGGUUUCUGAAAAUGUUUCACUCUGCAGUAAGCUGAAAGAAAGGCCCCAGACAGCUCCUAGAAGGUCAGAGUUCAUCGGUAAAGAUCUGUGUUCAGUUCUUUGAACUCUUUCUACCUGACCCAGCUUGCACCAAGCUUUUAAGGAAUAUAGAGAGAUUUUGAAUGUGAGGGGAUGGUGAUGAUCAAGUUUAGGUCACCCAUCAGUGCAGGAAUAUAGUUUUUGUACCUUACAGCAGGGUCUGUUUAGCUCAUUUGUAUGUCAUUUGAUAUGUCCAUAUGUUUGUAUGUCAUUUGAUAUGUCCAAUAACAUGUUGAUAGAAAAAGCUAAAAGAUGAUUUUGACUCCUUCUCUUCUUGGAAAUGUUGUCAGAUUGAUGUAAAAUUUUCUAAAAAAAAUCAAAGGGAUGCAUUUGUCAGGUUGAGUGGUAUAUUUGACUGUUAAAAAGCAGCAAAAGUGUUUUUUUCUGUUCUUGGUCAGAAAUAAAACCAUAGACUGUAUAUAGAAUUGAUGCUGUCUGCCUCCCUGCUGGGUAAAGCCUUUGCAAGAACAGUAUUCUCUUUUGAUGGGCUGCAGUAUAGGUCAUAAAUCCCCCACCACCCCUUUAGCAAUUCCUAUGGAGUUGUGGACAAACUUAAGAAAUUUAUUAUACAGAAUAUAAUUUUUUUUCCCCCCGGUUGCGAUGUUGACAUGUAGUUACUGUAAGACAGUAACUACAUGUCAGGGCUGACUGGUUUGUGCUCAAGUCCUUUUUUUUCUGUGCAGCUCCAUUUUUAAAAGUUAUUAGGGGGUUCAUGUUUUCUAUGAUUGACACUUGAUACAGCCUAUGGGCAUACGAAGCUUGCGUAGCUCACCUUGGGGAUAUGCUGUUUGAGCCAAGCAUCACAGUGACUCCCGCCAAAUGCGUACAACGCAACUGCGCAAGUGGUGGUUCCAGGAAGUGGAGAAAAUUCCGGAAGUACUGAGAGCAAUUCGGCUUCAAAUUCGUAUACUGAUGGAAGGUGGAGCAGAGUUGUUCAUAGUAUAUACAGUCUAUGAAUAAAACUUGUGCUUUUGGAGGACACAGGGUACAGUUUUUUUAGCAAGUUGCAUCUGCUCACUUUUCUAUCAUUUGAAUAAAGGCAUGUACGUUCAAGAUAAACUUUAAAAAUCCAUAUAGUUGUCCCUGUCUGUAAUGGGCUGCCUUAUCCUCUCCUCUUGGUCUGGCUUCUCCAUGUCCCUGCAGUAAUCUAGAGACUCGGUCCCUCAUCAUAUUAGUGCAUUAAUGACUUACUCUGUCAUAUUGCAUGACAUUAGAGUGUAUUGCUCAGCAGAUGUUUCCCUGAUGCUGAAUCACUGAUCUCCGUCCUCUCGCUCAGACUCUGAACGGCUCACAGAUGUUUUGUUUUUCCUGUUUGGAGUAAUCUGCUGCUUCUCAUCAGUCAUACAGUCAGGCCACUCCUGUCAGUUUCUUUUCUCUUGAAAGUGAAACUAAGUCAUUGGAUCUGCAGGAUCUAGGAAACCAGGAUGCACAGCAUCAAUCAUAAUGAUGUGAUACACUUAAAAAUUAUAACCAGUGUUGAAUCCGGUGUUGUAAUCUAAGUUAAAUUCAGAAAGAUAAAAGCUAUUUAGCCAACUAACUUAAUGGUUGCAUUGUGAGGUGUUAAUGGUUGGGUCAGUAAAACUAGAAUUAGGCAUGGGUAAAUGUUAUAAUGAUUUGUUUAAAAGGUAAAUGCCCCAAAAGAAAAGAGAAAAAUCAGUAUAAAUAUAAAAAUUUAACAAGAAGAGGAAAGACUUAAAGAUCUGUACUGUUAUGAAUGAGUCUCAGUAUGAGUAUGAUGGGAUGGUUUAUUUUGAUCAGUUUGAAAAAAUGAAUGAUCUCCAUCGCUAACACAGCAGACUCUGUACAUGGCCUAUGAGGUGCAGACAGAUGAUCAGUUUCUCUCUCUGGGUUAUACAUCCUCAGAGUUGAUAGAAAUGACUCUGAUCCUCUCUAUAAGCUCUCGGCCUGACGGUUAUGCACUUAGCGCUCUGUGAAAUUAGCCUCUUUUGUUUGCUCCUUGCAUUUCUCUUUUAACGUGUGAAUUGGCUCGAUUAUACAACAAAAAAAUUGGGCUAAUCCUCACAUCCCUCCCUCCUGCCUCGGCCCGCUCACCCCCCCUCCGUCUCUCCUGCUGGAUUUCCUCUGUUUUUCUGUCUUACUGCGGGGAAACAAAGGGAACAAAAGAGACAGUAAGCUACUCAUCCUCUGCAGUGAGAGCUGGAGAGCAGCCCUCAGUGGACAUACUGGGAGGACAUACUGGGAGGACUGGUGGAGCUCUGAGAACUGGGACAGAGGACUGGUGACAGCAGAGACUAGAGUCAGGACUGUAUGAAGGAUGACUGAGAGGGAUGGGAGAGGAAGUAAGGAAGAAAAUAGUUAAUCAGGGAUGAUGGCUAAUUAUUAUUGGAAAAGUAGUAGAAGAGGAAGAAAAGUUUCACUCGUUUUUAAACAGGAUGAAAAAAAAGAAUAAAAGCCACAUUCAGGAAGCACAAAUGAAACAAAUGUCCACUUUUGACUUUUGACAGCUAAGUUCAUACUAUUAUGUUGUAAAUUUUUGCUCAUAACUUUAUGGGCUCUAUUUUAGUGUCCGUUGCUGAGGGUGGCGGACCCCGCGCAGUGGUAUUUUCGUCUGGCGGAGCCCGGUGUACAGCCAGUUUGGUAUUUUCGUGGACUGAGGUGCACUGAGGUCCGCCAAGCUGGGCAUGGAUGCGCGGCAGGGGGAGGUGUCGACAGAAUCAGCUGGCGCAGUGACAUUUUCGUGCUCGCCAGUGGCGUAUAAAGUGCGCUAAAAAGCUUGCCGAUUCAAACCUGGUCACCUUUCAGCGCAGGCAGAGCGCAACUGGUCUAGAGGUAUUUUGGUAGACUGGUAGACUUUGACACAGCUGAAACCGCAUCAAAUUAAAUUAAAUAUCUAGUAUAUAAACACACAUGAUGAAGUUAACAAGAUAUGUAAUUCGUCUCCCUCCUUUUCUUUCUUCCUCUUCCUCUUAUUUCUCGCGCAGCUCGACCUGGACAAGUCUCCGUAUCCUCCUCCCCAUCCUGCUGCAGCUGCUGCUGCGGCGGCUGAACAGAUGAUUUGUUUCAGUGCUCAGAUGAGUUAUUUACUUUAAGCCUACAUACAAUAUUAUAAUCAGUUUUGUGAGCCAAAUUUAUUUUAUAUGCCAACAUCUAUGAAAGAAAGAGCCAGGCCACGGAGUUUAUGUUGUGAUCUGUGCGCACAACCCACCUUUGUUACGUGAGGUUUGAAUAUAUGCAACUUUAUGUGAGUGUCUUAUUUGUGGAAAAGGGUGUUUGUCUUACUAGUGGGUCCAACAUUACACACACCAAAUCCAUCUGUGCUUAUAUGAGAGAGUGUGAAGGACGCCCUCUGCAGCGUUUACAGUGACACUUGUUGAGGAGCUGCCUCCUGUCCCCAUCGUGUGGCAUUACUGUCUUCAGACAUCUCUUGAUCUCUUUGACUACUUCACAAAAAUAAGCCUCGCCAGUGGCGGAUUUAAAGGUGAGGAGAGGAGCUGAUGUUAUUGGCCAAAAUACCAAAUUGCGCUUGAGAACGCCUUGUCGGUGCGGCGGACCUGACUUACGCCGCACUUGCGGCACAUCUCCAGUGAGGCACGAAAAUAGAGCCCUAUGACUUUAUCUUCCAAAUCUUAAGAUAUUGUUAUUCUCAAAGCUACUGUCCCUUUAUGACAGGAGUGAGCAGAAGAGUGCUUCGGUCUAGAAAUCCCAUCAUUUCCAAACUGGACAUUUCAAGCUGCUGUAGAAAAUUUGCAUGACAGGUGCAAGUGGACAGACAAGGAACUGCACUCUUGUACCUAUCCAUUGUUUUUCUUUCUCGUAAUGUUGCAGCUUUGGUUAGUUACUUCAUUCUGAACCUUUUUUUUAAUCAACACUGCAACUUAAAACUUUUAAUUCCUUGUCCCAGCCUUUUUUUUUUUUUUUGCAUUACAUGACCCCCAUCAUUGUUUUAAAAAGAUAACUGUUAUACCAACUCUAUUGAUUUAUUUUGAACACAGAGGAAGAAAGGGAGGGUGUACAGGAAGUAGAAAAGGAAAGGUAUCAAGGUAACUUGUACAGUGUUUGGAGUUUCCCUUGUUUUGGCUCAAAGUUUAGGAUGGAUGAAUGUGGCUGACAACUCCGAGAGGGAAGAGUGAUUUUCUUCUUAACUUGUGUUUACAGAGCUGCAGCAUUAUUGCGUGUAUGUGUGUGUUAAUGUUUGUGAACUUGUAUGUGUCUUCAGUGACACAGGAAGUGGUGAUGUAAUGGUGCACAGUCAGAAAGCAUUCUCACUCACUCUCUGUCUCUUCUCAGUCGUUCACUCUCUGACGUUUCUGCCCCUCGGCCAUCAUGAUGUACCCACUAAGAGGUUACUGUUCUCUUUCAGCUCUCUGCUAGAAACACCCAGGCACAUUUUUAUCUGCAGCAUGUACCUCACAGACUGAGAGCUUUGUGACCUUUUCAAUGUAUGAGUUUGAGAGACAAGCUCUUCUUUAACCCCUCCGUAAAGCACAAUCAUCUAUGCAGAAGACCCUAAAUGACUAUCAAUGAGUGUUAUACUAGGAUUUUGCUGCGUCACUGUUCACAGAGUGGAGCAGGAGGACCAAUAAGAAACCCAGUUUUUUAGGACUUCACAGUGACAUUAGUAAUCAACAGCUUUUCUUCCCUCCGAUAAAAGAGAGACAAAAAACAAAUAUAAAAACUGUGAGGAACACUUUGACUGCGGUAGUUUUGCUGUCAUAAACACUUUGUCAGAGCUUAAAGCACUACUGACAACUCCAGUUCUGUUUUAAUCAAUCAAUCAAUCAAUCUGUGCCAGUUCAAAACAAGUGUUAUCCAAAGAUACUUAACAAAGAAAAGCUGGUCUAGACCAGACUCCAGACUCAUACUCCUGAUGUAAAAAUAGGAUCAGACUGAGACCCACUCCCAUCCCAUCUCUAACCUCAUGAGUGAAAACCUUGACAGCGUUUUUCAAGAUACAGUGGAGAGGAAGAACUUCCUUUAAACUGCAGAAACCUUGAGCAGAACCAGACUGAUGUACUGAUGGGCCAGUAUCGUAGAAGUAGAGAGGAUAUUCGUGGAACAAGUGUUUGCAGUAGAGGGUUGCAAUGCCUGUAAGAGAGCAAAUUAUGAUAUUAACUUUCAUUGUGUCCCCAAAGACAUUAGUGUCCAAGAGCUGAAUAGCUCCUGUAUUACCCGCCACUUCUUCUACAACAGCAAUGUGAGGCUGCAAGCUAGCGUAAAGAGGAGUGUGCAGAGCAGCACUGUCUCUGCCCACGACUUCGAGGCAAAUUGCUAAUAAGAAGAAAAGACCUUGAAAAUGACUUAUGUAACAUAAUUUUGGCUAACAAUUUAAAUAGUUAAACAAAUAUGAUCAGAGUGGGAAUUCAAGGUCCAAAAAUGUUCCCCAUAAGGCAAGUUACCUACAAUCCAUUAUUACAAUUUAAUUGAAUGAUUUCAUAAACCUGGGGGUGAUUAAGUUACUUCUCUGACUGUAUAAAGAAGGUCAGAGGUCAUAUAAGAUUGGAGGGGAAACAGGGUAAAAAAAACAGAUAUACAGCUGUUUGAUCAGGCUGUGUUCAAAUGUGCAGUUUGACCUUUGCAUCUUUAUUGUGGUGCCAAACCGACAUAUAAAGAAACUGAAAGUUCUAACCGCAGCCUAAUCAGCAGCUUUAUUAUCUAGAUAAACACAAGUACCAGAUCAGGACUUGGUAUCAGCAGAUAAGGAAUAUCAAAAUGACAUGAUUUUUUUUUCAUCCCUUUAAAGGUAUAAUACUGUAAUAUAUAUGACACACAUGUUCAUGGUCCUGCGCUUUUUCUCUCUCAUAUCAAAGUGAGUUUGGUCAAAGUUUAAAAUGUUUCAAGUAGUCCUGCAUGUUAGAGACGCUUAAGGUAAUCAUCAACAGUGUGCUAACACACACAGAGUGUGUGAACAUCCUGCAUUUUCACCCAUACACACAUACACACACUUACACGCUUGAUCAUCACUUGGUCACUUGCCACCAGCGCCUUUACAGGAUUGAAAUGCCUGAAAUAUGCUAAUGAGAGGCUGGGCUGCUCAUAUAUUUUUAUGAGCAUGUGUGUGUGAGAGAGAGAGAAAGAGAGAGAGAGAGAGUGUGUGUGUGUAAAGGGAGGAGGGUUGCACUUUGCGUUAUCUCCUAUCCACACUACUUAAGCUGCAUGGGGCACUUCAAACAGCCUGCAAAAGAAGAGGGUAGGGUGUGUGUGUGUGUGUGUGUGUGUGUGUGUGUGUGGAGGGGGUAGCUCUCUGUACCAGGGGGAAAUGGGACUGUGAUUUCAGACCAAAUUAAAGCACAUCAAACAGAGUAGAUCAAAGAGAGCACAGCCCUCACUGUCUGUGCCAGUCUGACAUCACUGCAGGAAGCUCCGCCCCCUACACACACACACACACACACACACACACACACACACACACACACACUUCUCUCCUGGCUCUUAGUUACCACAUUGAUCACCCUCUGUGUGUUUCCUAUAGUUCGUCUUUAGUGCCUACAGCCUCAUGUUAACGUUUACCGUCAUGAUGUUUGACUUCACACCUCUGUGUGUAUAAUUUCAAUGCAUGUAAGAGGGUCAAAGGUCAACCUGGAUCAGGUGUAAUGUAAUGUGAGGCUGUCCAUGUGUGUGUAUGUUAUAGGGCAGUCAGUUUUAAGGUGGAUUAUGGGGAGCAGCAUCCAUCAGAGGUUCAGAUCUGCUCCAGUCAAACCCUUUGAUGCUGUGUGAUGCCAGCGGCUGUGUGUGUGUGUGUGUGUGUGUGUGUGUGUGUGUGUGUGUGUGUGUGUGUGUGUGUGUGUGUGUUCUGGUAGAUAGCUUCAUCAGAAGGAGAGGGGGUGCUGCUGCUUUUUAAGGGAUAAAGGGGGAGGUUGAAAAGUGAGAUGAAGGAGGUGUCGGGUAUGAACGGUGUGUGGGUGAGGUUUGUAGAAAGGGUUCAUGACAGCAGCUGGAAAAGAUGAAAACCUACAGAGGAGGACAAAGAGAGACGUGCAAAGUUUAUGUUUGAAACGCUGACACAUUUGGAUAAUAAAAAGGGUCAAUGAAAGAAAGAUUAUCACCUACUCUUAACAACUGACUCUUUUAGUUUGGGGGCAUCGAGGCACAGGUAUAAAGGAGUGGUGAGUGCACCUCAUUGUCUACAAUGUGGAAAACUGUCUUGGCUUCUCAGUGAAAUCAUAUCAUAACAAACAGAACAACAUUCAAAAUCAGGACAAAGAGUGAGGUCCUUUGCAUCAUCACAUACAGUAGGUUUAGGGUGCAGGAGAUACUGACUCAUGGAGCAUAUUUUCCUCUCUCUCCAUAUUUUUUCUGUCUUUAACUUUAAAUCAUCAUUAAAGUCACUAAUACUCGGUCUUUUCUGGGAGUCCCUGAGCUCCAUCAUGCUUUAGGUUCCUUUGGAUCACUGCUGCAGACCAUUUAGCUGAGGACCUGUCUGCUUUUCAGCUGCAUCAGUCUCUCCUCUGUCCAUCUGUCUCUUUCUUCAUCUCCCUCCACCAGGCUCUCCUCUGGUCAUGGUUUGUUGUUUUGAAGGUUUCAUACUUCAGCUUGAGUUUGCAUUCACAACAAUAACUUCCUGGUUUCAGCAUGCAGACAAUAGAACAGAAGGAGAGAGGAGCUGGGGCUGAGCACAGUAAAAACUCAAGUUUAAUAAUUUUUAAUCACACAACUCUGUGUGUGUGUGUGUGUGUGUGUGUGUGUGUGUGUGUGUGUGUGUGUGUGUGUUUGUGGGGGGGGGGAUUUUUACACCCCCAUUUCAUUCUUUUUUUUUUUUCAUGAUUUUUAUUCCAAAUGUUACAGCCUGAACUGUCAAUGCUUUACUUCACUGUGUGUAAUAUCUCUCAGUAUUAACGUACACUGUUGUGUUUGUGUUCCCAGUGCUCCUAUCCUGUGUGGGAGGACUUCAGCGCCAAGGCCACUAAGCUGCAUUCCCAGCUUCGGUAAGUUUCCUGACAGAGACAGCACAGAACAAAACAAAUGUACAAACAUACAACAUGAACUCUUCACAGUUUGAUUGUAUUCGUCUUCAGAAUAACCAAAGUGUGGACUAUGUGAUGCUCUGCUGUGAUAAAGAGUAAUGCAGGAAGAACAUGUACUCUUCAGACAUGAUUUGGGGUAUACUGGUUCUGAUCCUGGUUUUGCCUUGUUAUUCAUCGUGUAUUCAUCUUCUUGUAUACACGAUCGAUACCCAUGUCCUGGUUUGUGAUUACUGCGUCUAACAGCCCCAAGGUGAAUAAAAACAGUAAAAUCAACUCAGUGCAGUACCUUUUGAUAAAAUCCACCUCUGCCAAACUUGAGAUUGAGAUUGUUUAUUCGAUCAAAUAUACAUAAGGUCCAAUUUUAGACAAGGAAUUCUCUAUUUUUUUGGAGAUCGAAAAUAAGUAGGUUAAAGCUAUGUAGCUUCGAUGUACCUACCCUCAUUCCUUCCUAUCCGUUUACCCUUUACAUGUCUUUAGAGUUUCUGAUGUUACCAAAAAGGAACCAAAACUUAUCAGCCAGCUGCCAGCAGCAGUGUAAAACCUGCUCACUGAAUGAAUAAACUGGGGAGAAGAAGAAACCCUGAGCACUGAACUCUGCAUUUAACCUAAUGGGUCUCCUCUUGCUCAACAGGACCACUGUGCUGGCCGCUGUGGCCUUCCUGGAUGCCUUUCAGAAGGUGGCAGACAUGGCCACCAACACUAGAGGUAAGAUUACACCUGUGUGAGUGUAGGUGUGUAUUUGUGCGUGUUUGUUCAGAUAAUAAACACAGCUGUGUUCUCCUGUUUUGCCUCCGCUCGUUGGCUCUGUCAGGAAUGUGGUUGCGAUAUCAUCGAGCUGCAGACUAAAUUCCCCUCAGACUGAUGAAAGUGUUUCUGCAGCCUGCAGACACACUUUGUUCACAGACUUCAAAGCGGUCACACUGCAGUGUUUAUGCACAAAAACAUCAUGAAGAGGUCAGAGUGUCUCUAACACCAGCAGCAGGGACUGUCUCUGACUUCUUAAUGCAACACAUCAGUUUGGAGCUCCAGUUUGCAGCAGACAUCAUGAGCUGUUCGAUGGUGGUGCCUUUCGGCUGGAAAUCACUAACUCUUGCUGCUGUUUACCCAGAGUUCAGUGGUGCAUCAGAUCAGUAAGCACACAGACAUGAAGCUAGACGAGUGCCAGCGGCAUUAGAUUUGGAAAUGUUGGACCACUAAGUGAGCUGCUGUAUUGGUGAGAGCAGUCUGCAGAUGGACUGAAUCUUCUGCUUUCUAACACUCUUGAUAUUCAAUGUGUGGGCUUGAAGCUGGGCCGUGGAUCUGAGGUGUGUGGGCUGAGAGCUGAGAAGGUCAGAUUGACGCCCGGCGCCCACUGAGGGCCGUCUGAACACUGUGGCACACUGAGGAAGAGAUGCUGAGGCUGGGAUACGGGGAACCUCUCCUCCUGUUGAUUAUUAUUACAAACAGCUGCCAGACAGCGUGUGUGAUGCUCGUGUGUGUGUGUGUGUGUGUGUGUGUGUGUUCGUUUUCGGCCCCAGGUGGGAUCUUACAAAGGAGGAUACAGGAAGAGACUCGUGCUGCUUUUACAGGCCAGACAGGAAAUCACUGAGCUCUGUCAGCUCAUUACACAUACUGUUAUAGCCCACCACACACACACACACACACACACACACACACACACACACACACACACACACACACACACACACACAGAAAGUCUAAAAUUAAACAUAAAUAAAAUUUGCACGAAGAUGCAUCAGAGGCUCUUUGUACUGUCUGAACUGAUGAGUCACUCCUGCUCGGGUCCAUUUGUCACAUUGCUGCAGAGCUCUGCUGCUCCUCACUCUCCGAUGUCCUCUAAUAGAUCCUUUAAAUGGAUGGAGGCAGGAGACGCACUCAUAAUGACGCUCUCUGUCUUCCUGCCAUUCUCUAUAUCAAUGUGCUGCUUAUUACUGCAUCUGUGUGUGUGUGUGUGUGUGUGUGUGUGUGUGUGUGUGUGUGUGUGUGUGGUGUGUGUGUGUGUGUGUGAGGCGAGCCCAAAGGGUACUGAUGAUCCUGCGCUCUGCUUUUGUACUGACUCUCCUAUUUAUGAGCCUGUGCUGACUUUGUUUCCAUUUAGCGUGACAACCACAUUUUAUGUUCACUGGAGAAUAUUCAUCAGCUGAGUAAGAAGAAGGACAAAAAAAAGAAGCUGUCUGAUUCUAUUUAGGAAACUACUGAGAGUCUUUGAGGCAUAGUUUCUCGAGUCCACAGGCAAAGCAUAACCAUUAGAGAUACUGACAUUGAAUCAAGAUAAACACUGAGUUUGUAAAAGGAUCAUACGGUUUUAUCUGGUUUGGUUACAGAGAUGUUAACAUGACUAACUUGGUCUGCCGCUAUAACACAGUUAAUGGUUGAAUGGAUAAACCAAUGAGUAAGUGAAGGAAAUGGCCAUGCAGUACUGGCUACUCAACCAAAAUAUAUAAAAUAAUUUUCAGGUUUAGUCCAUGCAGAUGCAGGUUUAAGAUUGGAGGUUUUCCUGUCCAUACAAUCGUCCAGAUAAUGGCCACAUAAAUAGUGAGCAUCACAGAGUAAAGAGAAGAAAAAUGACUUUGAAGCAGGAUGUAAUCUUUGCCCUCUGCACAUCACUGUCUUUUAAAAUAUCAAUUGUUGCAGGAUGUAGAUACCAGAUGUGUUCGGGCAACCAGAUGGGCUUGGGGCCUGGCGCCUAUUGAUGACGUCAUGCUAUAUGAUUGGCUGGAAGUUGGUUCGGAUGAUGUUGAAGAUUGUGGUUGGUCCAUGCAUUAGGGAUGCGGUUUUUGAUGGAUUAGGUUUCAUGGGAUUGCAGUUCUUUGGAGAAAAUAUGGAGGGAUUUUAUGAAGCAAUCUAUUGCUACUUAUCAAAGGGGAAUUACAACAGCCUCUUUUAGGUUGUCAAAGGAAAUGUGGAAUAAAAGCAAAACUAUCUAUUGAUAAACAUAGAUCCUGCAAACAUAUUUUUUUCUUUUCUCCUUUAGAAAUGUUAACAUAUACAAUUAAAGCCAUCUAAGAAUUAUGGGGAGAAAAUUUCGAGGUGAAUCGAAAAAAAAACCCGGAAAUAUAAAAAACAACACGAGGGGCUUCUAACUGAGCACAUUUGACUUAUUAAAUGUAGUGUGAUGUCGUCAACAGGUGCUGGGCCUGAUCUGAUCUGGCAGUCCGAACACAUCUGGUACCUACACACAUUUUUUUGGACACCACCUUUGGAAGUUGUUUUUGUUAAACCUCCAUUUUUGGUGACCCCAGACUCCGUUUGAAUGUGUAAAAAAAGGCUAAACACAGAAAAAGCUGAUGUCAGGUUGUGUCGUCCUAAAAGGAGCUGUCAUUUUCUCUUUCUGGGCACUUUCUUCAAGGUCAGCUGAGAAAAAGGAUCAGAAGAAGGAGGAAAGUUUCUGUAUACUCCUUCAGCUCUCAGAUAGGACUUACCCAGAGUUACAGAAUUGUCAGAAAAGGGGGUCAUACUGGAAGUUGGUAAUUUAAGAAUUUGAACAAUAAAGCUCCUGAUGCAUUCGUCCAGAUCAGACCACUUUUUUCUGCAGUCACGAAGGCUGUUUUCAUCUGAAGCUGAUAGAGUUAAAAGAGAGAGAUCAAUGGGUGACAGAAACAAUUUUUCUAAGUAUGAGUGUGUGCAUGUGUGUGUGUGUGUGUGUGUGUGUGUGUGUGUGUGUUUGUAAGAGUGAGAGAGAGAGAGGGUGACAGAGAUUUUGCAAAAGUAGGUGAAAUUGAGCAGGAGGAAAUGUGUGCGAGAGCCCUGCAAAAGUUGAACCUAAGUUCACUUUCAGACGUACUCUCCCCUUAUGUGAACCACACAUUCACUUCCCUCUGGGCACACCACUUUAUGAGUGUGUGUGUGUGUGUGUGUGUGUGUGUGUGUGUGUGUGUGUGUGUGAGUGUGUGUGUGUGUGUGUGUGUGUGUGCUCUGGAUUUGUACCAGGGUGCACACACACAAUGCCUGUACGUAAGCGUUUAUUUUCUCUUAAUAAUUUAUGACACCAAGGUUUUAUUUAUAAAAUAACAAACUGAAAAAAAAAAAACACAAAUGCAAUGUCAUUUAUCAGAUGCUUCUUUCCAAAGAGACAACUGGGCACAGCCAGCAGGGACAUACAGGGUCAAGUGUCUUGCCCAAGGCCACUUCAGCACAAGGACAGCUUUGGAUUUUGACCCCCAACCUCCUGAGAGACAGACAACCAACUCUACCAACUGAGCCACAGCUGCCCCACAAAUGAAUGCAUAUGAUGUUUAAGAAUGAAGAUAUAUGUCAGUAGCAGGGGCAGAAAGUUAAGGUGUAACAUGUUUUUGAAAUUGAAUAUACAAUACAUAAAAAUACCUGAAAAUACAGAUAAAUUGACCUAAAAACACAAAGAAAUAUCCAAGAAAUGGGGUUCAAGAAAUAGAAACCAUAUACCUAUAAAUAUGUCUAAAAUAUAUACAAAUAAAACUUGAAAAAUACCUAUAAAUAUACAUAGAUACAUAUAUAUCCAUAAAAUGCCAAUCUGCAUAUAAAUAUUCUAAACAAUACCUAUAAAUAUCCCUUAAAGUACAUGCAUACCUUCAUAAAUAUCCCUAGAUAUGCAUAUGUACCUAAAUAUAGACACUGUCCUAAAAUACACAUAAAAUACCUCGAAAUACCCAAAUAUCUCUAGAAAUACAUAUAUACCCAAAUAUAUUUAUAAAUAUAUAUAAAACUAUAUAUGAAUAGACAACAAAGUACCAUGAAUAAAUCUUAAACUACAUAUGAGUAUCCUUAAAAAUACCUAUAAAUAUUCCUAGAAGUACACGUACACCCCAAAUUUUUUAUAAAUAUACCUAAAAAAUACCUAAGAUGUAACUAGAAAUACCCACAUAUAUUCCCUAAAUUUCAUAUUUACCUUAAGAUAUGUAUAAAUAUAUGUAAAACUACAUCCCUACAAUUACAUAUACUGUACAUAUGGAAUACAUAGCUAAUCAUAUUGAGUCACAUGUUGGCAAGUACUGAUUAAAACAUGAAAUAACUUAAGGUGUUCUUUAUAGAGUGUUUUUCUGGCUGUAUAGUGUUCAUCUAUACAGUGUAUAAGAUCAUAUGUAUCUCUCUCUGCUUCAGGCACUGACUGGUAUAUUUUGCCGUAAGGUAUUCAUCCCUGCUUUGUUUCCUGUCAAUCAAUUGUCUCAAUCCUCUCCAGGCUUUCUGUAAAACUUAUCAAAGUGUGGGCCUCUGAUACUACACAGAGAUAAAUAGGAAAUGGAUAGUCAAAGUAUCUGAACGCACUACACCUACACUUUGGCAGAGCUUGAUAGGAAAAGAGGGGUUAUUGGAGUUCAUUUUGGUUUGAACCCUGAUCUUAAGCUUUGGUGUCAAAAGUGACUGAGCUGAGCUCUAAGUAAGGGUGUAUAUAAACGGGUGACAAAUGCACCUUAAAGUAAUACAAAGCUAAGAAAAAAACACAUGUGGAGCUUUUAUGAAAUAAUCAGACUAGUGUGCAUAUGUGCGUUGUGUCCUGCACCAUAGUGUUUGUGUGUGUGUGUGUCCCAUUUAAAUAACCUUUUUUAUUUCGAGCUAGUCCAACACUCCUCUUCAUCACUCUCUCACAGAUCUCACACUCACAGAUGUCCAGUCUGUCCUCAUUUUAAAGCUUUUGACUAUGACACAUUUCUCCUGGCUUGAAAAGUGUGGAUUUUUAUAAUGUUCUUUUUUGUGAAAAGGUGUUAAAAACAAUAUUGAAGAUAGUGUCCAAACUCGGCUCCUCCUCCAUCUGCUGCUUAAAGCUGCCAGGUCUACUGAUCUCUGAGGCCUAUCUGGAGGCGAGUUAGACCACAGACUGUUAGUCUCUCCGUUCAAAUAUUAUCAGAUAUUAAUACAGUGUAAAUUCAUUUCAGAGCUUGAAGUUCCGGUCUCUUUUCUUCUUUCCAGCCUCAGGGCGUUUCAUCUUUAGCUACAGAUAAAACAAAAGUACAGGACCCACCGAGAGGCUGCAGAGUGUCUUUCUGAAAUGCAUUUCUAAAAUUAUGAAGAAAUAUUUCAGAGCAAAAAGCUUAUUGUAAAACUCCCUCUGUGCCAGGGAACUCUCUGUGGGGCACCACUGAACAACACACUGCCAGACCAUCACAUCUGCAUUAUGUGCAUGUGCAGUAAUCACAUUGUAGGGCACGCAGUGUCAGUCAUGUGACUGAAACAUUCUCAUUUACUAUGAUUGAUCCACAAUAACAGUUUAUUAGACUCUAAAUACAUAGAAUUGACUGUUGUACAAUACACAUGACACUGCUGCCCUCACAGACUCCAGCAAACCCAUCAAGGUUCAACAUGUAGAAGUGGAGAUUGAGGGACAGAUUCUAGAUGAACACUCAGACUGCAGUAUAUAUUAUGAUAGGACUGGGCAUGUAUGAGAUCAAGAUUAAUGAUAAAUUUCAGUUCGAUCAUGGUGAUCAGCAGUGAACUCAUUUCGCCAUCAAACAAAGCGGAAAUGUGUGUGACAACAGCCAAUCAGAGUCAAGCUUUUCCUGCUCACUUCUGUAAGUUGCCGGAGAAGUGAACAGGGAAAGUAAACAGAAUGACCUAACGUGGAGCUAAAUGUGGAGCUGAGGGCAGCUAAAUAGAUGUCAGCCAUGACUUUGAGUCAUCCUCUGAAAAUGCCAUUGUUGAGAAGAAAAGUUACUCAACGUCGGUUGUGUAGCGGUGGUUCUGGUGUCUCUAAAGUUGAGCAAUUAAGUCAAUCUGCAAGGUAUGUCAGCGGUCGGUGCCCUCAAAAACUGGCAACACAACAGAUCUGUUUAAUCAUUUGAAGAAGUACUUUGUGAGUGAUUAUGCAGAAAGCAUGAAAAUGCAAGCGAAGUCUGCAUAGCCAGGCACUGCUGACAGCACAAGUAGCAUUCACAGUUAUAGUUACAGUUUAGCAGUCACAGUUUAGUGAUAAUAAUCGAGAUUGGACAAUAUGACAAAAUAUACAGUGGUUUUUUUUUUUUUUUUUUUUUUGCCAAAUCGUCCAGCCUUAUAUUAUGACAUAACAAAUACAGGAUUUCAAUGUCCUAAGAUCCUACGAAAAAUGACACAAACACAGUUUUACUAUUUAUGAUUUGUAUCCGUCAGCCAUGGUGACCUUUGAGGACAAGCAGCUGCUGCGAUCCACAAGUUUGAUGCUCUGUUUGUCGGUUUUUAUAAGGAAAAUUUUUAACUAUCAAUUCAAAUUCUUUAACAACAACUACUGCUCUCCUCUUCUUCUUCGCCAUCUUCUUUUUCUGUCUGGCUCAUUAGAUGCAGCCUCUCACUAAAUACGAAAAAGCAUAUGUUUGAAGUUUGUCCAGUUUGUGCUGUGGCCUCCUCUCUGGAGGAGGAUCUGCUCCUGUGCAGAUAACAUAUUCAUAUAUUCAUAAACAUAAAUAAAUCAUGAAAAUAAGUAAAAAUGCUCCCAACUUUUAUUAUUGGUUAUCAUGUCGGAAAUAAAGGUCUUGAGCGGUGUUGUUUCUGUUCAUGUCUGUUUAUUAAAAAAAUGCUGCAUAUAGGCUGUAUUGGCUAAAUGAGAUCGUGUUGGUUCGUUCCACUUCAGUGGGGCAACAGAAACUGUGAUUCAUAAAAAAGCUCUAUUGAUAGUAAGUACUAAAAAAAGUAUCUACUCAUGUCAUCCAGUCGAUUUUUAGUAAUCAGUGUUUCGGUGUCGAACUAUUUCCCUUCUGCGGCGUAGUGAUACUUGCACACUCGCAAUCGAAUAUGCAGAGGGGUGAAGCGAUUUUUGUUACGUGGACCAAUAGGAGCCGAGUCUCGUUGCCAUAGUGUCAGAACAACACAAACAUGGCGACGAGUGCAUCUGGCAGCGAGACAAGCGAAAAGAAAGAAAAGAAAAGGAAAAAAGAAAACAGCCUUCAAAAGUGCAUAAAAAAAGGAGCGAAACGAUGAUGUAUGCAUCUAUCAUCUGUCCAGAGUGAAGACGUUCUCAACUUUACAAGGACACGUACAGAACUAAUAUUAGAAAGUGGCUCUACAGGGUGAAACAAAGGACCUUGCAGAAACUUAUAAACUUUGCGUUGAUAUCGACUUUGACAAUGUUCCUGAUGACGCUGGGUUUCACAUGACAUGCUACCAGCAAUUUAUUUGUGAAAGGGGUUUGAUUUUGGCCGAAAAGAAACAAGAACGUGAUGCAGCCACGGGUCAGUCAAACCCUUCAGCCAGCAUCGCCGUUGCAUCCACAUCCACGUGUGCAUUUAUUUUUGUCUUGUUACAUUUUUUCCAUUAUUCCAAUUUUGGGGGGCGUGGUAGCAAUUUGAUUGACUUUCAGCCAUUUAUGGCCAUGGUGUGCUGUUUAUAUUUUAUUGCUUUUAUUACACAGUAGGUUGUGUCAUUUUUAUGUAUGAAACACAAGCUUUUAGCUUAAUUUACUGUAUAUAUUUCGUUGUGCUGGGUGCAAAUCACUUGAGUUGAGACGUUUUCUUCAAGACAGUUGCUACAUUUCAUAAUCUGAAUUCACUUAUGUGUAUACUAAGGCACCAAUAACUGUUUCAGAUGUUAGGUAGAUGUAUUUAUGACAUCUGAGAAAGAUUUUGUCUUGCCAGAAUCAACAUAGCAGUUUCUACAAGCAAAAACAGCAGCACCAUAUAAUCGUUUUUGUGUUACUCACAUACAGUACAGACCAAAAGUUUGGACACACCUUCUCAUUCAAUGCAUUUUCUUUGUUUUCAUUACUAUUUAAAUUGUAGAUUCUCAAAACUAUGAAUGAACACAUGUGGAAUCAUGUGCUUAAGAACUUUAGCUGUUCUCUCAAUGAGCUUCAUGAGGUCGUCACCUGAAAUGGUUUUUACUUCACAGGAGUGCCUGAAGUAACCCUGACAAGGUACUUCUGUCAUCAAGAGCAAAGGGUGGCUAUUUUAAAGAAACUAGAAUAUAAAACAUAAAAAAAGUGUGAAAUAACCGAAAACAUAAGUACAAAAUUCUACAUGUGUUCAUUCAUAGUUUUAAUUCCUUCAGUGAUAUUCUACAAUGUAAAUAGUCAUAUAAAAAAAUAAAGAAAAGACAUUGAAUGAGAAGGUGUGUCCAAACUUUUGGCCUGUACUGUAUAUGUACAUUUCUGGCUGGUGACAAAAGUUGGACAGAUAGUCUGAGUAGAUAUUUUAACCCAAAGUCCAGAAGGGUAUUGUCUAUGCAAAAAUGCAUCGAACAAGUAGAACCAGCGUAGUUGAACGAAAUUCACUUUCUAGGCACUUUUUCCUUUGUCCCAAUACAGCCUAAUAUUAAAGUCCUAAAUUGAGUCUGUCAGGUUUAGACCUCCGGAGGAUAAGAGUUAUGUAUCAUUUGUGUAUUUUUACAGUGUCUGCCUUUAUCCUCCAGAUGAUAUUUUUAUAUUUUUAAUGUGUGCUGAUUCCACUGCGUCUGUCAGACUCUCUUUAUAUUCUGCACACACUCUCUCUCUCUGCAGCAGCAGCAGUUAAACUGAGGUCAUUCCCAGGACUCUUACUAUGCACAGUUGGCACAUGGAACAGCAGUAAAGUGCCACUGUGUGUGUGUGUGUGUGUGUGUGUGUGUGUGUGUGUGUGUGUGUGUGUGUGUGUGUGUGUGUGUGUGUGUGUGUGUGUGUGUGUGUGUGAGAAUGAGAGAGAUGAUGAGGAUGAUGAUCUGAUGGUACAGAGUGUCUUGUGGUUUUAUUGCCAGACUGCCUGCCUGCAUCUCAUUACAAGGUUUUGUAAUGAAUAUCAUAAAUCUAAUUAAUACACACACACACGCACACACUCACACACACACACACACAGAAAUGCAUGUAUGCUGUCAUGCGUAUGAAGCUACAUCUGCUUGAGGGGUAAGAUUUAGGUUUAGUUUAGUGUAGUGAAUGUUGAUCUGAAAAAAAGUAGAUCAAGUCCCUUUACAGAGCAUAUUUUCUUUCACUUCGACAAGGAUGGGAACAUAGCUUUAGGAUAAACUAUCUGUUUGGAUUUUGAAAUAAAGAAAAAGUCUAAAGUUCGCCUCCUCAGCCUCAGAUGGUGAAAGUCAAGAAUCUGGUGAACUCAUAUCUGACAUGUUUUUCCUGAGCCAGAGGAAGUAAGCUGAAGACAGGAAGCUAUGAAGUUUUAUGGGAAAUGUGGUCUUGAUUUUGAGAAACAUGACCACUAAGAACAGCGCUGGUGUGACACUGAGGCUGCAGCUGAUCUUCAGCGUGCUCACAGGCCGUCAUGGUCAUUUCACUGAGGCAGGGACGUAAAUUUGAGGUUUAUUGGUGUUCAAAUCUACAACAGACAGCACAUUUAAAAGAUGGCACAAAAAGAGGAGCUCAUUGAUUUGCCGUAAAAAGGGAAGCUCAGAUUUGAGGCACAGAGGCAGAUUCAGGGUAAAUUGUAAAUGUCUUUAAAUGGUAGUGAAAUAAUGCAGAGCCACAGUUAGGGAUUGUUUAGGACCAUAGAGGACGGGGGAAUGGUGGUAUGAAAAGACAAAGAAGUCCAUGUUUGAGAGUCUAUUUAGUGUAACAAGCAAUAAAGGCAGAGAAUGGACAGAGAAGUGGAUUGUGAGGAAGUGUUAAAGAUGCCUGUGCUGCUGCUGUGGACACAAAAUCAGCUGAAAUCAGCUCAACUUCCUGCUUUGAUACAAAGCCAAGAAACUUUUGAAACUUUCCUUCAGGCAAUCACUCCGUUUCUAAACCAAGUAUACACAGAUUUGUUUGAAAUAUGUAACUAAAGGCAUAAUAAUGGAAAGGUUGAUCAAUCCACAAAAAUACUUUAUCCUGUAUAGUUCAGUUAACAUUAAAAGGAGGUCAUCUUUUUCUGCAUUUACAACAAGCAACGUUUCAAAGUUUGGUGUCCAUACUACAAGUAUACAAAGUUUCAAAUCACAAGGUCACAAUAUCCUGUAUAGACCAGUAAAGGCCUGAAAAUCCUUGAUAGUGCAGUUAGAACCGUUUUUGUUGUUGUUGUUUCUUACUUUUUUUUUUUUUUUUGUAUAUCAAGUUUUCUCUUUAGGUGUAUCUUAAUUUUUUUAUAAUCAUCUGGCUUAUUUGAUGAAAUCCUGCUUUUGUGUGUGUGUGUGUGUGUGUGUGUGUGUGUGUGUGUGUGUGUGUGUGUGUGUGUGUGUGUUCAUUCAGUGUCAUAAAAAGCACUCAACACUCCCUCAUUAACUGACUGGCUGCCUGGCAGAGCCCCCCUGCUGGCUGCACUGAUGACUGCCUGUGUGGGAGGCAGAGAGGUAACACUCACAUGAGAGGCCACUUAGGUUGAUAGACAAACUCACUGUACAUACACUCAUGCACACACACUACACACUGUGCAUAAACACACACAUGCAACUCUGCAAGAGGGGUUUCCCUUAUUCAGCUUGCAGAGAGCCACCCUCCUGUAAAAUCACCUGAUGAUUAGUUUCAAAACUCCCACCACUCACAGACACACAAUUCCUACAUGCAUAGCAGCUGAAAGACAUGUGUGAAAACAUGGAGGCCCUGCUUAAAAGCAUGCCAAGCCAUUGUGACCACACACACGCAAACACACAUGAAUGGUUCAGCCUGUUGAAAAGACAAAGUGAUCAGUGAUCGCUGUAGCAGUCUGUGAAUGCAGCAUGCGCAGACACAAAGAAACAAAAUAACAAACACAUGAAAUAACUCUGCGUUAGUAUGAUAUUUGGUAUUGAAUGCAUGUUUCCUCUGUGUUCUUGUUGGGUUUGUGUCUCCCCUUUUUCCAGCCCUUACUCUGACAUGGAUCUGCCUUCUCUUCAGCCAAUCAUAGACAAGCAGGAUCACAUUUACAAGCAUGGUUGCCAGGCAACAAGGGGUAGAGAGAGAGUGUGUGAGAAUGAGCUGGAAGUGGUAGAAGAGAAAAAAUAGCCAUGUUGUUGCCAAGAGGAGAGGAGAAAUGUGAGGGAGAUGGCUUAAUUGUGUUUCAGAGAGAGCAGCUUUCACACUCAGAUGGAGACUAUGUGAUGGGACGUGGCUCAUCAGGCAAACAAAGUGGUUAAAUUGGGAGUUAGUUGCAAACAUGAGUGGGUUGUUUGCAGGAUUAGUCAACUACCGACCUUAAUUUCACCUCCAUGAACAUAUAAAGACCAUGAUCACAUUUGAAUCAGCUGCUUUCAUGUAAGAGCCUUUUGAAAGUAUGAACCACACCUGUUAAAUACAGGUUGUGAUGUAAGUGUGUGUGUGUGUGUGUGUGUGUGUGUGUGUGUGUGUGUGUGUGUGUGUGUGUGUGUGUGUGUUUGCAGGAAUAUAAUGUUUUCAUGUGUGUCAAUAACGAGGUUGAGCUGAGUGACGAAGUGCAUUAACUGAUCAUUGUAUUCAGCUAGGAUUAACCUGCAGGUCACUUUUUUAUUCAACUGAUUUGAUGGAUCUAUUAAUCUAACGGCUAUUUUCCUCUAAGAGUUGAAACCCCAGAACUACUCUGGUUAUCAUCAGAAAAAAGCAGAACCUUUCUGCAGGUUACUGUCCAGUAUAAAGGAGCAAAAUAUUGACUUGUGCAUAAAACUAAAGAAGCGACCUGUAAUGUGCUAAAGUGGUCAAGAAAUGUCUGUGCAACUAAAGUGUCAAACUCCAGUCUUGAAAAUUAAGUCCUGACAACUGCAGUUUCUUUGGUGUCCACCAGAGGCUGUCCCUAAAAGUCCCUGAUGCCACACACACACACACACUCAUUCAAAAACGUUCAUCUUCACAGCAGAAAUAACCACAUGAUAGCUUCUGAAUCAGUGGAUUUUGUAACUCUUUGAAGGUGAAGUUGAGAUUGGUAUAAUAAUGGGCGAGAAAGAUUUGGCUGACAGGUGGAUACACUUGACUCUUGAAUCUGCCUUUUGCUUUUUCUGAGGCCAGCUGUGUGCUUGUGUUUCUGUCCACUUUUCUUCUCUCUUGUGAUUUUUUUAUUACUCCUGAUUCUGUUCCUUUUUUCCUUUCCUCUUUUUUUUCAUCCUUCAUUAUUAUUACUUUCUUGUCAUUCAUUUUUCUGUCUCAAUCUUUUUUCAUUCGUCUUUCUUUUUUUCUCUUUCUUUUUUCUUUUUCUUUCUAACUGUUCUUUCUAAUAAGAAAUCUUCUUUCUUACUUUUCUUUCAUAAAUUCCUCUUUUUUUCUUUUGUUCUUUCUCUUGUUCUUUACCUCUUGAUUCAUUCUUUUUUCUACCUUUUUAAAGUUUUAUUUAUUCCUUUAUUACGUCAUUCUUUUUAAUAUCUUUUUUUCUCUGUGUCUUUCUUUUACUCACCCUUUUUUUCCCUCUUUUGCCUUCUGUAUUUUCCCCAUUUUCUUUUUUCUCCUCCAAUUUUUUUCAAAUAUUUAAUAUCUUUAGUUUUUGGUAGCUGCAUUUUUUCUACUUUAUUGUUUUUUAUUGAUACCUCAUUUUUUGCUUAUUCAUAAGUUUUGAUUUUAUCCUUUUUUAUCUUGCUUUUCUUUUUCUCUCCUUUACUUACCUUUAGCUCUUCUCUCUCUCUCUCUCUCUCCCUUCCUUGUCCUGGUCUAUGAUGUGAAGGGUCACAAACAACAUUAUUAUCUUUAAUUAGGUCUCAGACACAGUCAGCAUCUUUCUCCCUCUCUUUCUCUCUCUACUUCUUUUGCUCCCUCUCUUUCACUCUUUCUUUCCUCUGAAGAUGUUGCCUCAGUCCUCUUCUUCAGCUCUUCCUCUCCCCUCAUCACUAACCCUGAUCCCUGCUCCUUACCUCUCCCUCUCCUCCUUCCCAGCUCUCCUCUCACCUUACUCUCCUUCUCUCUUCUUCUUUACCAGCUGACACAUUCCUCCCAUCAGAUCCUGCCUCUCUUCCUCCUUCUCCUCCUCUUUCUCCAUCCCCUCUGCCCAUCUCUGGCAGCUUGCUAAGGUUAUUUCCUGAUGUCACAGUGUAGCAUUGUCCCAGAGGUCAACAACACAAGACAUGCUCUGUUACACACACACACACACACACACACACACACACACACACACACACACACACACACACACACACACACACACACACACACACAUUCGUGUUUUGAGGGAUUAACGGUACGUAUGAGAGGAACAUGAAAAAUGGGUACACGCCUUUCCCAAAGGCCUAGAGGCCUGUCAAUCACAGGGUUUGUUACCAAUUUUCCCAGGAAUACAGAAAUCUAUUGAGAUUUUGGCUAAGACCAUCUUUUUGGAAAAGUCUGAAUUUUAUGCUACUUGUUAGGACAUUGUCAGGUUUCUAUUACUUAUGAGUACCACCUUAUAACACACUGAUAUUUUCAUAUUUAGGUGAAAUGUAAAGCCACUGGAUACACACACUUUCUGGUAUACAUGACUUAUAAAGACCAGGCCGGUCUGGAUUUUCAACUUGGCUACUGCUACUGAGGAUUUAAAUAUCUAUGGCAUUGCUGUACAAUAACCAUGCUCACCAGCCAGGUAACCUCUGAAGUAAAUGUCAGAUAUUCAAAUGUUAACACAAGUUAAUGUGGAACAACAUGAAGUUUUAAGUCCUGCAUUGCAUUCAUAACUUUAGUAGUAAAUGUUCAUGUGAAUAAAUACAUUUGAACCAUUUUUGCCUUGUUUACUUUAAUUUCUGGCACAUUGUUGACACAACAACAGAAAAGCAGUGCUGUAUUUAAACAAAAAAAGCCCAAAUUAUCAUUCAUCGUUGUGAAGCUCCUGGCUUCGAUGAAACUAUUUUCGAUGAAACUGCUUGUUGAAACUGAGCAGUUUGAACACAUCAAAGAAAGUAUGACAGGCACUGUAAUAAAACAAGGGGAGCUGGAAAAAAAGCAAGCUUAUAAAGUGGACUGGGAACAGCAGAUUCACUUUCGAAAGACCUAAAACGGAAACAUAACAUUUCUACAUCAGCACCUGGAGAACAUUUCAGGCUUCAUAGUUUUAGUUAUUCAUCUUUCUUUUUAAUGUUGUGAUUCUGUUAUGAAUAUAGUAUUUUACGGCAACCCAGUCUCUGUCCUUAAGGGCGACUGGCUCUGCCUGGAUGCAGGAAUCACAGACUUUUUUACCAGGGACUUUGCAGCUUGUUAUGAAAUGAAGCAUGUGUCGCUCAACUGCCUUCACUUCAUCAACAGCCCAUUGUCUUCUUGCCUUCCGAUCUGUCAAAUAGAAAAAAAAAAUUCUCUUACCUUUUAAAAAAUUGCUGUCCGAUUGUGAAAAGGCUUGAUGGAAAUGAUGGAAAAUAUUUUAGGUAAUACUGUCAAUGAAAUGUGUGUUUUAACCUUGCUUUCUAUUGGAGCAUUUCGGGGAAACCUGGAUUGUAGCGUUCUCAGCUUUGUCCUGCUGGAUAUCUAAAAAGAUUGAUAAGAAAAUGUAUUAGAGACUGCCAUUACUGAGAAUACAUUAAUGCAAUACUUUCUUCUUAUCACAAGAACAAUCACUUCAAACUGUUUUGUUUGGCUGCCUUUUAUAUUUUACCAUUGGGCUGAGUGUUGACGUUUUCGUUGUCCAAUGUCAUUCCGAAAGAAGUGCCCUCCAUGUUGUCCCGUGUGGUUGAGUCAGGUACAUGGCUUCGGUCUCCAGAAGUCUUAGAUCUUGACACUUAACAUAGUAACAAUGAAAUGUCAGUGUGUAUAGACAAGAUUUGACUGGCUUUCUUUGUUUGCAACAUAGGAAAAGUUAUUUGACUCGACAUUCAGUGAACCUAAAACUUACUAAUGCUGUGUUUCAACUGACGGUAUCAGCUCUACUCAGAUCUACUAGAGCCUGUACUUUUUUGGGGGAAAUGUUUCCACUAUAGUAGAACCUCCUGAUGACGUGUUGCCCCUCCCGUGACGUCAUUUCAUUCUGGCUUUUGUUGUCAUUGAUAGCUGUGGAAAAAAAAAAAGUGAUAACAUGUUACGUUUUAUUUUGUUAUAACUCUUCCCGACCAUGAGCAUGUUUUCUUGGAGGGCUGCUGGUCCACUGGUGGGCUGUGAGUGGAGGCAUCCAGCUCUCGGUGUGGGCAGUGGUGGGCAAGCAGUGUGAGGAAGGUUUGUAGCUCCUCCAAAGAGCACAGUGUGCCCUUUGGUGAUGCCAUGAAAACAAAAGACAAGAAAGAAGAACAGAUGACUGACACAGACGCCAAGCCGCCUUUAACCGCCAAGCUCUGUUAACUCUGUGCGUGGCCACUGACGCUGUGACCAUUCUCUCAGCCAGAUAGAGGCUGCCAUGUGGCUACCUCACCUUUUAGGACCCCCACUUUUUCUCAGUGCAAGCACACACAAAGUAGAUACCGUCAGUGAAAACAUGAGUCUGACUAACUAUCUUUCUUGGAACAAGCGUUCCCAAAUGUCAUCUCUCAAUCUUUAGCAUUCUUUGUGAUCUGUUCUCCAAAGGUGCCUGCCUCCAGCUUCACCUUCUUCCCAACACUCCUAGCUCAUCCACUGUCCCUGCUUUGGUUUUUGCCACAUUUUUUGUGAAGCUCAGCACUUCGCCCUUGUCAGUGCACUGUACCUUGACCACUGCUGCUUUCCUCCCGUCUCUGAGAAAUGAUGGAGACCUGCUGAUGUGGGUCACCGGAAUCCUUCACCGGAAUCCUCGUCACUCGUGGCUACUUCAUCUUGGUGGGUAAAAAAAAAAAGGCGAAAUUAUCUUAAAUGUGAACAUUUAUUUGAAGCAUUAUGAAAUGUUUCAAAAUAAAAUUUUACCAUCAGGGCUGAUCAUGAUGUCAUCAAGCCCCUUUCCCUGCAGGUCAGACAGUUGUCCUUUUUCCAUCCAUAGCCAUCAAGAGUUUGCUGACUUUUGCCAGCUGCAGGGUUCUCUCAGGGAGCCGGUAGAAUUCACGGUGGACACGGAUGUCAUGUCCAAGAAAAGAGGCAAGCUGGUCCAUUUCAUUUUCUUUGAGAUUUAGGACUGUGGACAAAGUGGCAACUUGUUUCCUCAAUCUUGUUGAGGUGAGUGCCUCUGGGUACUUUGCACCACAUUGUUUCACAUAGCUGCGAAGGCAGUGGGAGCCUCUGUAGUGGGAAAGGACACCUGGCCGUGCAAACAAGUACGCAUUCUCUGCGUGGACCUGACACUGAUGCCUGUUUUUCACAAGUAAGUCCAUUGCGGCAAUCAUGUCUGGUGUGAGAAGCACAGGUACCAUUCGUGACCUUUUACCUCGAAUUUCAACCCUGUCAAAGUGUUUUGCAAGCUUCUUUUCUAAGUCACUAAGGCACAUCAUAAUGUCAGGAUUCAAUUGUGAACGAUUCCGCAAUGUAAAAGCCUGAAGCUCAAUUUUUGAAACUUCCCCUUGCCUUUUUCUGUUGAAGAGUACGACCUGUGUCAAAGUAAACUUUGCCAGAUUUCCAAAGUUUGUGCUGUUUGGAUUUUCCUCCAUGUCUUUCAUGCACUUAGCACUUUCAGUAGCCAGAAAUCUGUGCAGCAGUGAAACGUCCUGUAUGAAUGGUAAAACCUGUGGUUUGUUCCAUUUUGCUUGCGUAAGUGUACCCAGUGCAGAAGCUGAAAUACACUCAUUCCACUUUUUUUCAUAUAAAGUGGCAAAUUGCUUGGCUGAUUCUGCAACAGCAUGGCGAUUUGCAAUGAUAGCAUUGCAUUGCACAAUGCCGGCAACUUUGGCCAAACUGUGGCCUAACUUUAAAGCCAAGGAUGGGAUUUUAUACGAGUUGCUUUGUACCUCAUAUCCAGCGACAGCUCUGACUGCUUUUAUGACAAGGGGAAAGUUAGUUGGCAUAACAAGGUCUUCAGUGCUUUUCAAAGGGGCCAUGGCUCUGGCAGUUAUUAAUAACCUUGCCAUCUCUCUCAAUUUUUGACGUAUGUAAUCGUUCCUUUACUCUUGUGGUUUCUUGACAUUAUAUAGUGACUCACCAAGCCUGAGAAUGUCUCUUUCACUUCGUACUACUGAGGAAAUGUUGUCCUGGUACAUUUCACAAGCAAUCUUCCACACAGCUUCAUGCACUUCCUCAGGUUUUGGUAAGUCCAGGUAAAUCCGUUUUUGGCCAACAUGAGGCUCUUCUUCAAAAGGCCUCUUGGGACACUUUUUAACAUGUCGCCAAAGGCAAUCCCUUGCGUAUAGCCCUUGGCAAAACUUGCAAUGACGGUACUCAUUUGAUGAUUUUACUGCAACGCGUCUUAUGCUACCAUUUCACCAGUACCGCAACUUGCCACAGUAGCAUUGUGUUCAAAGUUUCCCAUUUUUUUCAGAGAACGUAACAACUCCGUUCUCCGUUUGCGGGAUCUUUUAUCAAAACUGAGAGCCUUUGCAACGUCAGGCUGGUCAUUACGGGCAGAUUCGAGAUGUCUUGCCAAUUUAUAAAUGGCCUUCUUACAAUACAAACUGUUGUUGUUUGUUGUACUUGCUUCUCUUGGCUGUGUUAGGCAAUGGUGCAACUCUUGGGUUAUGUUGUACACUUUCAUGUGUCUUUUUGGUUUUUUUGCUUUUUGGGUGAUGAACAUCCUGAUGAACCGAGACUGCAACUUAUCACUGUAAUACUGUGACUGCUGAUCUUCAGUGUAGAACUUGUAGGCAUCUCUGAAUCCCAGAUCACCCCACUGUUUGCCAUUGCUGUCACCAAUGGCAUGUUUUUUGGGGGAGUAUGAGUGUCUUUGACUCUCACUUCAUCCUUGCCAAGACUUGAAUCAGAACUGUCACUGGUGUCUGGAACAUAGUCAAUAUCUUCAUAAUCAGUAUUGUCUGACACUGAAGAUACAUCAGUAGAGAUCUGAAGGAAAAUGGAGAGGAACAAAGCCCAACAUUUAUCAUUCUCAGUUGUAAAUUAUUACAACUAUUAUUACCUAUACCAUACUAUACAGUAGAGCCUAUAUCAAAAUACUUUUCAGUAUAGGAUGUGAUCUUACGGUGUGCAAUAUAAGGAAGACCAAUGUAUGGCAUAACGGAUUCUUAUUAGGACUCAGCUACUGCAUAAAUUCUUACACCUAUUUCGAAAGACAAAAUCUGCUGCAAUGUUGUCUUUAAACCAUGGUGCAUGAUCAGGGAACGAGUAGUGAAUCACAGAAUUUCAGUUACAUGUGGACUGGUGGGCACUUUAAAACGUAUGUUCUUGUUUUUACAGUACAUAUUACAAAAGAAUGGUCGGUUUUUGCUUAGUUUCAUACUCACAGAAUCCUUUAAUGUGGGGAUGAGACUCAAGGUCUUCUGCCUCUCUCUCUCAUUGAGCUUUUUCUUGGCCUCAUCAUGACCUUCUUCACAUUGGGCAUGUCGUCACUUUAACUUCUGCAGACGAUAACUUGCUUUUAACUGUUCAAGUGAAAAAUCAUGUGAAAACAAUCUCUGUAAUACAUGAAAUUCCUAGCUCAAAGAAAGAGGCAGGAGAAGACACCUCUCUUACCUGCUUGGCAGUUGCUCUCUUUUGGACUGGGACAACUUCAGUGGUGCAGUUGGCCUUGAAAUGAAAUGAGAAAGACCCAACUUUUUUUUAAUAUUUACUAAGAAUUUUACAUGAAAUUGAAGCAAUUCAUUAUAAUGAAAAAGAAAAUAAUUUGGGUGUAAAAAAGAAAAAAACUAUAUUAGACUCAACCUCAGACAGAAGAUGACAAAAACAUGACGACCUUUACAUCCUGCCAAUUAUAAAUCACUUUUGCUGAGGUGAAAGGCUACAAUGAGUUUAUAUGCAGAGGACACAGGCAUGAUUCAAGAUCCUCACUUACUGUAAAAGAUUUUAAGAAGUUUUCAAACUGUACAGUAUCUGCUACCCCAUAAUUUAAGGAAUAUGUACACUCUGCAGUGGUUGUGUCAGAUGUAUGAGGACAUCAUCUAAAACACACUCAAAUCUUUCACAGCCUAAAACAAUAUGAUUUCACAACGGUGAAGAGCAUUCUAAAGUUCUUUACAGCCUACCCAACAAUAUGAUAAUAUAACACACACACACUGCAAGUGUUGGCUCAGACAUAUGAGGACAUCGUCUGAGGAACCCUCAAACCCUUCACAGCCUGAAGUUCAAUAUUUGCUGCCCAACAAUAUGACAAUGUAACACAUGUAACACACACACUCUGCAGGUGUUGGCUCAGACAUAUGAGGACCUGACGGCUCAACACUCAUAGACUCUAUGUUCCUGACUUCUAACUUCACCUGAUUUGUUCAAAUGAAGCUCUAAAGUCCACAGUGAUAUAAAUGGAUCUACAUCUCCACGGAUCCAGUCAAUUAAACUGAUAAGUAGGAGGUUAAAUGGACAAAUACGUUAGUGUGGAUACAUAAAAUACUGAAUUUUGGGAGAAUAACAUUCAAUGUGAUUUUCUCAGUCAGACAUAUCACUACCAAAUAGUGUGGCCAGUUUAUAAAUACUAAACAACUCAUAUACAUGUGAUGGUCACAUAAAUGCAGCCACAUAAAUACUGUCAACACUUCCCCACACACGUUGAAAUGAAAUCCAAACUGACACAAUACCUGAUGUAAAGUUGGAGAAGAUCCCUCUCUCUCCUGAGGCUUUGCAGAAGCUUGAGUGGGGUUCUUGGCACUUGGUGUCUGCAACAAACAACAAUACACUAUAACAAAUAUUCUUCACCUUUGAACCUAACUAGUUAUACACAAGAACAUGUUCGCUCAUUACCCCCGAGUCUAUGAAGAGUUCUUAAAGUCUACAGUAUCCGCUCCCCAACAAUAUGAGGACAAUGUAACACACACACUCUACAGGUGUUGCUUCAGACAUAUGAGGAACCCUCAAACUCUUCACAGCCUGAAGUUCAAUAUUUGCUGCCCAACAAUAUGAGGACAAUGACACACACACACACACACACACACACACACACACACACACACACACACACACACACACACACACACACACACACACACACACAGUGACACAGUGUAAGCUUAGGAAGCUGAACUCUGAGUCUGGUUUAAUGACAUAAGAGGAGAGGUAUGCAGCUAACUGUGUGUGUGUGUGUGUGUGUGUGUGUGUGUGUGUGUGUGUGUGUGUGUGUGUGUGUGCUUUACAGUGACAGUGUCUUAUAAAAUGUAAAUUUGGUCUUUCAUUUUGUAGAUACAUGAUCUGGAGCUUAAACUUAAACUUUGGAAAUAUUUAAAGAACAUAAGUGUGUUUGUAAGUGUGUGUGUAUGUGUGUGUGUGUUAAAGAGAGAGACAGAGAGAGUGUGUGUGUGUGUUUGUGUGUGUGUGUGUGUGUGUGUGUGUGUGUGUGUGGGUGGAUGGGGUGGGGAAGGUGGGGUGGGGGUCAGAGUUGUUCGAGUUAGGUUAGGUGUUAAUCCGUAGUAUUAACAGCCAUCAGCCAGGCGUGAUGACUGGUGAGGUUUCUGCUGGCUCAGCUGUACACAUGCACGUGCGCACACACUUUACACACACACUUGUAAACACAUUUACACAACCUCGUAUCACUCCACUAACUAAAGCUGACCACCUUCUUGGAUCAUUAACACUCUGUAGCAUUAUAAUAUGAUUCAUAAUAGGGAAUAUAAUUAUUAUAAUUGUACAAUAUUUGUAAUUAUAAUAUGAAGUAAUUAAAUUAUUGCUAUUUUUUUAAAUAUUCAUAAUGCCACCUGUUUGGUGUCUACAUAAAGGUCUUUCUCUCUCUCCCUGUCUUCCUCUGCCGCUCCCCCCCCCCAAAGAAGUUAUCUAUAAUAAAAAAAUAGUUAUAAAACACGUGACAUUUAAAGCCUCCUGAAAACUAUUAGAUGAAUCUUUGUCAGUGACAGUGCUUUAAUUUGUCCUUUGCCAUACACACCUGUGUGUCUGUGUGUGUAGUUUAGGUGUGUUUUUGCUCCUUCUCAUUCAUUCACUUCAUUUUCUAUCCUUCAUCACAGUGUCUCUGCAGCUCUGCCUCAAGGUAGGUUACCAUGGAAACAGUGGCACACACCAACAGACAGCAGUGUGUUAUGUUUUGGCGCUUGAUGUCCUCUCUCUCAUCUGCCCCACACUUCCUUCCCCAACAACAGAACAUUUCUGAUAUGGAUGAUUGUUUUUGAUCAUGUCUGUAGGGGUUUGUUCAGAGGCAUGGGCUCACUUGAAAUCUGAUUUGCCAUCCCUGGUGCUGCCCAAAAAUCCUAAGAUACGAUUGGCUUUUUGCCUUUUCAGAAGCGGGACUUGUGUUAUAACUCUGACAGUGUUACAACAGGCUAAUAGCUUUCUUUGCAUAAUAGCACAUUUUCUCCUGGCAUCACUUCUAUCAUCUAAAAGAGUUCAGCUGGAUUUUAAAGUAAAAUGUUCAGGGUCUCCUUUGUCCUAAUUUUGGUGUCAUGAUGCUCCAAAUGUUUUCAAUGGGGGACAAGUCAGGACUCUUGACUCUUUCAAGUCUGCUCUGGAACGACACUUGUUUAUCCAGGCUUUUGGUAUCUAGUUAGGUUUUUUUUGUAGUGUGUUGUUAAGCGCUUUGGGUAUCUUGAAAGGCGCUAUACAAAUGUAAGAUAUUAUUAUUAUUAUUAUUAUUAUUAUUAUUAUUUGUGGAUGCAGUGAUGAACUGUGUUCACAGACAAUACUUUUUGGAUGUGAUUUUGAGCCCACUCCAGAGUCCUGUCUGUUUUUAUUGCAGUGCUGCCUGAGGGUCUGAAGAUCAGGACCACCCAGUCUUGGUUUUGGUCCUUGUCCCUUUAGUCCAGAGAUUUCUCCAGAUUCUCUAAAUCUUUGAAUGAUAUGAUGUACUGUAGAUGAUGAAAUCCACUCAUUCUUUCACAUUUGACACUCAGGAACAUUAUUCUGAAACUGUUGAACUAUUAGCUCACACAGUCUCUCACAGAGUGGUGAACCGCUUCUCUGUGUAUAUUAGUAUAUAUAGCUUUAGAAUGGUAUGAGAUGGGUCUGUGAUUCCCUUACUCUGCUUGUCUUGCUCUCUGUGUAAUUAAUCAGUGGGGUCAGGAGAGCGCAGAGAGGCAGAGGAGCAUGCAUGACACCCAAACUACAUUACCCACAAUGCUAUAUUUAGACCACUGCAGUGUGUGACUCAGCACCUCCUAAUGUAGCUCUGCUUCGACAGCACUAGAACUCAAUGUACGAUUUUAUACAAAUUUGUUAUAAAGCAUAAAAACACAUUUAUUAACUUUGAGAAUACUCAGGAGUGAUGUUAUAAAUUGUGAAGUGUUUAAAGGUUUUGUACCCACAUGAUGCACAGACAGAUGUACUGGUGUAAGGUUAAACAGGUAUGAUGACAGUAAUUUGGGUUAAUUUUCAUCCCCACUCAGCAUAUGUUUGUGUGUGCAUGUUUGUUGUCCUCUGUGUGUGUUAUCAUGACACAGAUGCUCAGACCCCCUCCCUGCCCUGAAGCAGCUCAUAUGAUCCUUCCGUGCAGAUGGCGUGCUGCAUGUUACAGUUGAUUCCGUCUGCACACAGCUUUCAUUGUGCAUGCUGACAUGUGAAUCCUGUUAGGACAGUGUGAGGAUGUGCCUCCAUAUGUAUAAGCCGUGUAAGUGUAUUUAUAUCUGUGGGGUUUGUGUGUGAGAUCAGUGUGAAUGUGAAGUGGAUUUCAAACACUCCUCCAUGCAGGGGAUGAUCAUGUAUGAUGGUCGUGUCUUCAGACCUCUCUAUGUGCUUUACAUGCAAACUGCUGUGGUGAGUGGGAUGUGUGUGAUGUUUAUGAGAGUUUCUCUCCUGGGUGCCCUUCACCUCACAGAGAGCUGGUUCAGAAAAAAAAAAAGACAUGUGACUCUAAACUCUUGCUGGAACAUCCUGUGACAAACAGUCAGAAUUUAUGUUGAAAUAACCUCAUAGACUUGAUAGACUGUCUACAAAAAGAGGAGGGUAUAAAGAAUUUAAGACAGAGUGGAGGAGUCUGAAACCUACAAGAUUUCUGUUGACCUGAGGCCUGUACUACGAAGCUGGAUUUGGUCUUAGCGAGAUAACUCAUGGAUAACUUCUCGGUUUUCUGUACUACAAAGGUUGAUCUCUUUUUAUCCGGGUCCGUUGCCCCGGUAACUUGCGUGGAAUGACAAACCUGCUCCGGAGCAGGUUAUGUUUCAGGAUAAGAUCUCAGCAGGUAUAAAAAACCGCCCACUGACCGAUCGGAUCUCUUGGAAAAUGACUUGCCCACUUUUGCCGGAUCCCGGGGACAUUGCUGCACGGAUAGUGAGAGGAGCGCUUCGCCUAGAGCGUUAUAUUCAUGAUCGUUCAAAUCCGUUUAAUUUUCCUGAUGACGUUCUUAAUGAAUGUUACAGGUUUUCCGUGGACGGCCUCAAGAUUCAGGUAGCAUGAAGUCUAAGAAAUGCACUAAUAUUUGCCAAGCUCCAGGUUCCAAUUUCAUGCGGCAUAUCAGUCAUCAUUCAGAAUUUAUCGAAGCAGAUUAAAAAACUCCUCUUAACCCCAAAUGUGUCUGCAGAUGACAUGUGACCAUCAGAUGAUGGAGAAAAAAGAAAAAAAGGCAGUGUGAGGAAAUCACUGUUUACGCGUUGAAAUAUGUACAAAUAAAAUCUUCAAAUAAACUUACAAACUACUUUAAAGGAUGUUUUUAGAUUUAUUUUUAUUUACUCCCACGAAUUUUUUUCCCCACUGCUGUUGUAUCUGAAAUAAUGAGGUCAUUGAUGGUGGUGAUCACACACGCUGCAUGACAACAUAUUAGGGGGCCAUAAAUUUAUGAACACACAAAUGUAAUUUACACAACCGGGGAUUUUUUUUUGCCAGCAGUCCCUCCGGCUUUUAGCGGCUGUGGCUGUCCUGCUUAUCACUGUUAUAAUGUUGCGGUACUCCUCGUAUUUGCGUAAAAUAAUGCUCUGUUCUUCCGCUGUGAAAUAUGACAUGCAGCCUUCUCCAUUGUGGAGAUUGGUCCGGUGGCACUGACCCCACCCCCUUUAUGUGUGCGCGCACAGAUCUGAAGUGGCCACACCUGGAUUCAGUUAUCGAGUUGAUAACCGGCUUCGUAGCACAGCCGAUUGGGAUCGCGGAGAUCCGGUGAAGUUGAGCAAGUUGUUGCAGAAGUACCCUGGAUGUGUGAAUCCAGCUUCGUAGUACAGGCCUCAGCAGGUGUCAGCUGCAGUGGUUAAAUUAUUCAACAACCUUCAAUACUGCAAAACAAAGCCAAUGCCAAGGUGCUAAACAUGCUUACUGUCCUUUUCUCUAACUGUCCUGCUCUCUACCAUAGACUGUAUAUAGAAUGGACACCGGCUGCCUCCUCGCUGGAUGAAGCCACUGCGAGAACAGCACCCUCUGGUGAUGGGGUGCAGUAUAGGUCAGAAAUCCCGCCUCCUCCAGUGAGAGGCCAAGAGUGUGUGGACCCAAAAGCAGAGGACGUGAGGCAGUUGUUCAGUUUCCAAAAAGGCAAACUCUUUUAAAGGGGACCUGCCACCAAAAUUUCAUACCCAUUUUUAUCAUUUCUUCAUAAUCUUUGAUGUCCUCUGAUCAUGUUUGCAACAUAAUUUUAGCUGAAAAGUUAUUUGAUGGUUUGUUUUAGUGUGCCUAAAAAACCUUACUGGAAAACCAACUGGUUUUGGCUCAUUAACAUUUAUGGUAAUGAGCUUUGCUCUGAUUGGAUCGCUGCUGUGAAGCCUGCUGUGCUCUGAUUGGCUCAGCAGUGGAGGUUCGGAUUUCGGUUUAUCCAUUGUUAUUAUGCUAAUGCUAAUAGCAUAUGCUAAUGUGUGCUAAAGUAAGGUGCCCAGAUGUCUGUAAUGAUAUCCGGGGAUAUUCGAUGCGGCGGAGGUGCAGGGGCUGCAGGGGCUGUGUGAUCACAGACAAAGUCUCGGUACUAUUUAGUAGCAGCGCAUGCCCCUUGUAAUAACCCCCGUAAGAACUGUUGUUCAGGACUGCUAACUUGUGCUUCCUACCUAUUCGGCUACUGUAAUAACCGUUGUUCGAGCCCACACGCAACAUUUUUGCUCUCAUUCAUGAAACGCUUAAAUCGGGGACAUUUUCGGGGACAGCUUUUGCCGGGGACAGGUCAUCCAAUACGGGGACUGUCGCCGGAAAUCGGGGACGUCUGGUCACCUUAUGCUAAAGGCUAAAAACGGCAGGUAUUAAACCAUAAAUUUUAGACCCCGAGUCCGAAGAGGAGGUGGAAUUUGAGGAAGAAGCCGGAGAUCUCCAGCGGUGUUUUCUCAUUCAUUCUGCCCAGCUUUAAGUUCAUUUUCCCGGCAGUGAACCCAAGGAAACACCGGUCGUUUGGAAGAGACCCAUAGCGGAUACAGCGGUAGCUGGGUCUCGCUCUGGCUGUAACUGAGUACGAGAACGAGAGAGUGGGCACGGCUCACCGAGGACGCGCUCGUGAAUAAUAAUGAGCAAGGUCGGCGCAACGUAACACCGACCUGCUUUUUCAAUUGGCCUGGUUUACUCGUUUCUUUAUUUUAAACCUUUACAGAAUGCAAACGACGUAACGGUUUGUUUUCACAUUUACAACAUAAGACGAACAUAUUAUGGACCUUAUAUGACACAAAAAAAACCAAAAAUGACAUUUUUAUGGCAGGUCCCCUUUAAUCCAACAAAAACCCGGCAGGGUCAAAAUCAACAGAGCAGCAAAUAAUCAGGUGACAAAACCAGUGGGGCAGGCAAGAAUCAGAAGUCCAAGGCGAUCAAAACAGGUCAUACACAGAGAGCAGAGAAAUAUCAAAAACGCGAGAAAGCUUGUACGAAACUGACAAAGACAAUCUGGCAGGGAAGAGCUAGUGAGGAGGGGUUAAAUAGAGAAGGGGACAAGACACAGGUGAAGCCAAUGGAGUAAUUAACUAACAACAAAACACAGAUCAUGACACCUCCAGCAAUCCCUAUGGAGCUGUGGACAAAUUUUAGGAAUUAAUCACACAGAAUUUAAGUUUUUCUCCCCCCAGGUUGCAAUGUUGACAUGUAGUUACUGUCAGACUGGUUUGUGCUCAAAUUCUCUUUUUUCUGUGCAGCUCCAUUUUUAAAAGUAAUUAGGUUCAUAUUUUCUAUGAAUGAUACAACCUAUAGUUCUGGAACUAUAAUCCUGGAAAUACCAAGAGCAAUUUGGCUUCAAAUUCAUACAAUGACGGAAGGCGGAGCCAAGUUGUCCAUAGUUUAUACAGUCUAUGCUCUCUACUGUGAAUGCUAAAGGUUACAAAUGGUGCAUAAAAAGGAUACGGGGCAUGGCCACUUUGACAGGCGGGGCAGGCUAAAACCCACAUACUCCAACUUAUUGCCUCAUGCUGGGUUGAUAGAAAGUUGGGAUGAGUCAGUCUGUGUGGCCACCUCCAGUACAAAGCAGACGUGUGGAGACAGCUGAGAAGAGGAACUUCUUCAUCGGUUGAUUUAUUAUAACAGUAGAACUCCAUUGAGAUUCAAAUCCAGAUGUUGCUCAAUGUUAAUUUCGUUAAAUACACUCACAUUGUAUGUAAACAGACAAUGAUGCAUGCUAUCCUUUGCAGCAUGACAACCCUUUCAAAUUGCCUUCAAAGCAUCAUAAGGAUCACAUUUUAUCAGUGCAGAUUCAUUGAUUAGCUCUGGUCUGAGAAAACACAAAGAUGGGGAAUUCCAGAUUUGCAAACUCAAGGAUAUUUUGAACUUUUCUUGUGUACAGUUGUUCAAAUACACCAAAAAAGUGUCAUAAACUGGGUUUCUAUUUACAAAGACUGAGAAGCAAGAGCACAGUUUCAUUUUUGAGGAUGCUGGGACUGAAAAUAGUAAAAGACUGAUAACCACAGUUUUUUUUUUUUUAUCAUUGUGAGAAAAGGAGUCUGAACUAGAUUUAAGGACUAUAUUGAUGGGUAUUUGAGCUGAAUGCAAAGUUUUAUUGCUUUAUUGGACCUGUUAUUUUUGCUCAAAUGUUUGGCUCAUUUUUAUGUUACUGGAUAAAACACAAAUGAACACACCAAUGGAGACUAAAACACGCUGCACAGAAUGUAAUGUAGAGAAGCUAUGGAGGUAUUUACUGAGAGCUCUGUAGGAUCAUGUGUUGAGGAGCCUCCAGACAGUCCUGAAAAUCAGCCACUGAUCAGAAACAAGUCUGCCCACAGUGCCAUCAAACAGCAGCUUUGUUUGAAAUGAGUGUUUACAGUCAGAAAUUCUUCACAUUACCCUCCAUGACCUGAUUUUCUGCUCUGGACGUCUGAUUUCAGAUGUCCCUCUGAGUUACAAAGGAUAUUCUGAUGGUAGACGUCACUCACAUUCAAACUUUAACAUUUCUAUUGAUGAGAGGAAAGCCAACAGAUCAAUAUGAAACUGCAAAGGUGCACAAAUGUGUUUUUAAUUGAUUUUCCUUCCCAUUGACUCUGGUUUAGUGUCAGGUUGCUGGAUUAGAGGGAGGAGAGUCUGAAUCACUAAUGCACUGUAGAACGAUGCAGGCAUGGUUUUUCCACCAUAAAGGACAUGAUGGUUUGAAAUGCAUCCAAAGGUCAAUGACCCCUCAGCUUCUUCAUCAAGAUCAGAGACGAAUGGACGAUAGCCAGUAAAGUGAUCCUGAUACCAGGAAGUCAAAAUGUAAUGACAGUUACCAGAAAGUAAAAUCAAUCACUGCACACAUUAAUAACUCUGAUUAGUUAAAUCAUUGCAUUCACUGUAAACAUGUAAACUUCUCCUCAACCUUCAGCCUCCUGGUGGACAGUGAACAAAUGUUACUUUGCUGGUCGUGUCUUGUUUAAACAGGGGUAAUGAUUGAAAAACAGACGCAGUCCAAGAAAGACGAGCUGGUGUGGAGGCCGGGAGAGCAUCAGCAAAGACUGGUAAAAUCAGACAACAAAAAAAAGGAGGAGGUGGAUUGUGAAGUGGUUUGCAGAGUUUUCAGGGAGAAAUAGAGAGACAGGUAGGUUCAUGAAUGACCAAAUCACUAAACUAUUAUCCAAGCGCUAAACCGAACUAAAUUAAAAAAAACUCUGCCUUGAGCAAUGAAGCUGUUUUAGCCUAAGCUGCCUUGGUAUAGCUUCUGAUACAGUUUCUCUAAUGUGUCUAAUACAGCAGCAUAUAAGACAAAGUUUGACAAAUUCACAAUAAAUUAUUAUUUGACUCGAUUAUUUUUACUGCAUCUGAAAAAACUGCAUUGGUGUUUUGGUCUCUAUUCAACUUGAUAUAAAACCAAUGUUUACUAUCUGAACAACUCCUCUAUCAAAGAUAUCUGAACUUAACUUUCCCUGUUCCUCCUCUAUUCUUCCAGUUUCCCCUCUCUGAGUUAUGACUGCACACUCACGCCGGCCCGUUUUCACUUUCAGAGUAUUUUUAGCAGCACAAAGCAGCCUCUGCCAACAACCCCCAUUUUUCAGUAAAUAUGUCCUGUCUGGAGGUUUGCUGUACAGCCCUGUGUGGGUCUCAAGGGAGAGAGUGUGUAUCUGAACUGCACUCUGCUUAUUCCUGUGUGUGUGUGUGUGUGUGUGUGUGUGUGUGUGUGUGUGUGUGUGUGUGUGUGUGUGUGUGUGUGUGUGUGUGUGUGUGUGUGUGUGUGUGUGUGUGUGUAAGAGAGAUUUAAAGCCUCUGUAAUCAAAGCCAGAGUGUGUGCAUGCUUUCCCAGGCCCAGCUGACUCCACUCUGAACCUCUGCACCGACACACUGAUCCUGCAUCUCUAACAGGCGGAAGAGGCCUGAGCUCUGUGCUUGCAUGAGUUUGAAGCAUGGUCAUCUGUGCACAUAUAUGUUCAUGUGUGCAUGCGUGUGUUUGUGAGGGUCAGAAGUUUUCUAACACUGGUGUUGCUGCUGUUUUUUGGCUGAUCUCUGUAACACUGCAGCAGUGAUGAACAGCUGCUUAGGGUGGUGUUGUGGUGCAGAUGUGACAGUGAUGGAAAAGCAUAAUUAAAAAAAAUAUAUUUUACAGUUUAUGAGUAAAAAAAUAACAGAAAUAUAUACAUCUAAAAAGAUUCAAUAGACCAAUAAGCUCAUGGUUCUUUACGUAAGGUUUUUAUUUUGGCACAUGCUGCAUCAGGAACAGCUUUUAGUGUUUCCAACACAAAGUUCUGAUGUUUUUGGAGGACAAAGGCCCACAGCACACAUAAUGUGACAAAGUUUCUUCAAACAGGCGUAGUGAGUUGUAACCCAGAGAAUCAAUCAUUAUAUACAGCGUACAGUGUCAAGAGUGAACGGCAAUUCGCUGUGAGGUUAACCAAUGAGAGCACAGAGCUCUCUGCAUGUGAAGAAAAAAAAAGCCACCAUACAUGUCUCAAUAAAAGCAGAAUGCUGAAGUUGUUGCUGUGAGACAGGGGACAGGUUAUUGGAGGUCUGACAACAACAUCUCUCACUGUUGGAUUUGUCACGAUGGGCUGACAACAACAGGCUGAAAAAAGAAAAUGUUGGAGAGAACCAGCAGGUGUACUUCAGGAACCUGACGCAGUGACCAUCAUUCUUGGUUCAGCUGUCUGCGGGUGUGUUUUUCUAAAUGAAAGCUAAACCUACAAACUCUGAUCUUUGACAUCUUUGGCUAUUCAUUCCUCUUAUCCUGACAUCCAGAAGCUUCUCUCCUCUCUGGGUCAUAAGUCUGUAUCUCUGUGAAUUAGUCUGACUUAUUUUCUCCACCCCGAGAAAAACAGUUCAUAUCUUUGUCAUCUUCUCAAAGCAAACUGAUUUAUUUAUUUCAUUGCAAAACCAAGAGAAGAUUUAAUACAGCGGAUUUCUGUAUCUGAAUCAUUUAUUUAUAAUAACCAGGUGGAUCAUGUGAAUAAACUGCACCAUAUAAAAACAAGAGAAACAUUCACUGCUAGAAAUGCACACAUUUUUAGUAGGAGCGGAGCAUCCACAGAGCACUACUUUAUUAGGUUUUAUGCUGUGAAAAAGCAUCCAGUGGUCACUUUGUCAUGUAUUAUCCUGAAGAGAACCAACUACUACAGCAGUUUCUCUACAAAAAGAGCUCUGAGAGGGUGUUUUAUGCUGCUUUAUUUAUGUCAGGAGCAUCCAAGAGGGCUCUUCUGCAGUGUACACCACUGUGCACCUGUUCACUAAACACAACCUCAAUCAUAGUUCUUCAUAACGAGAUAAUUAAACAGUGUAUUAGUUAAAGUUAAAGCUUAGAGUGCUUAUUAUGUCACAGAGUAUUUUGGAUACUUUGGACUAAUGUGAUCUGGACUAAAUAAGCUGCAUUCACUGCACACAGUUUGCAAAAGUUCUGUUUCGGCUUUAGUUCACUGAAUUAUGAGCUGUUAUGGCUUCGUUCUUAUAAAACUAAUGAACAUUAAGUGUCAUAAAGCUUUAGUCAGAGCAGGUUCCUCUUUUACAUAACACACACACGCGCGCGCGCACACACACACAGAUUUUAAAUAACAUAUCAUGGUUGAAUUUAAUUUAAUUUUCCAAUUCACAGAGCGUAUGACCUAUGAGAUUUGUUCAGAGAAUAAAUUCAGAUAUUUAGUGAGGAGGAAGAGAAGAACCAGUGUCUUUAGUUCUGGAUGAACCAGAGGGUCAGUUACUGAGUCUGUCAGUCAGACUCCAGGAACAGCAGCAGACAGAAAUAUUAAUGUCCUUAUUACACGGCCUAUUUUCUUCUCUCCACGACUUUAACUCAUUUGAUACCUCAAGUCUGUAAAAUGUGCAUCCUUUGAGAGCUGCAGGUCACCUCAGUAUGUGUUUCUACAGUAGUUCAGAAUGGACCGACUAUUACCACAGAGUUUGACGGCUGGAGUUCAAAGGUCAAAGUCACAAUCAGGUCAACAUUGUCGUGUUCCCUCUCCUGUUAAAUGUGGGUUUCCUCAUGCGGUUGGGUUUAUUUGGAAAAAUAUAUUCAGUAUAUUCAGAGCCUUAUCAGACAAAAAAGUAAAGGGAUACAUUAUCCUUGAAUCACCUCAGAAGAACUACAAACAUUUACAGUGUGACCUAAAGGUGUUUACUGUGAGUGUAACUGGGUCUAGAUCCUCGUCCUGUGUGUGAGCUUAGCAGUAGACAGGCAGGAAAACCCUCUUACCAUGAGCUCAUCUGAAUCUGUGUUGAAACACUAACCCAGCGUUUAUCAGGCUGUAAUAUGUUGCAGUGAAGUUCAGGUCAGCUGUCUACAAUUGCUUCUUUCCUGGGCUCUGAUUGGCUGAGAUGUCAUCCAUCCAUGCUUUAGUCAACCCUGUGAAGGUCCACAGUAAAAACCUCUGUCUCUCUCCUCUAUCAGAAUCCUCCAAACCGCCUCCUCCUGUGGCUUUAACGCCGCAGAGUCGUGUUUCGUGCUGUAAUGCAUUCCUGCAGCAUGUGGUGUGUGAGGUUAGUGUGCAGGGCUUACGCACUGACACACUCCGGUGUGUGUGGGUCCUGGUGGCGUGUUUUGGUCAGAAUGACUGUCUGCCUGGUCGUCUGGGGGGUUUGCUCUCACUCUCGGUUUCAUGGUGGGGAGAAUCUAGCCCUCAUGAAUUAUUCCUCUUUAUCUGGCGCUGCUCCUGCUGCAGCUUCUCUGCCUCUCUUUAAUCUGUCUCCUUCUCACCUCCCUUUUUGUUUUCCCCUUUCUUUUGGCCUGACCCUCUCCCCUCCUCUCAUUGUUGCUGUGUCACUGCAGAGAUGCUCAUGUCAGGGGAACAGAUGGGCGUUUGCUGCAGACGUCUGUAACCUUGGCAACCGCAACCUCACCUGCUCUGGCAUCAAGUCUUGCUCCUUGUUCUGCCUAUCAAGACACAAAAGCAGUGUCACACCUGACUCUACCAUCCUUUCUUUUUUUAUAUCACUCAAUUUAUCCUCUUCUACCCUCCUACAUCAACUUCCUCUUUUCUUUCCCCCUCAGAUCAUCGCUGCAUUUGUGUGUGUUUGUCUGUGUGUGGCUUGACAUUAUCGUGACCGUUAUUUGGACCACUGUCAAGCAGGGAUACUGAUUAUUAAUAAACAUCUGCUAAAGCACUGAGUCUCCAGGAAGAUUCAGAACGUUACUGCUUCUGAUCAGGGCGGAUGUAAAAGACAGACAGUCUGGACUCUAUUUUCGUGCCAGUCUGCGACACAGCAGAGGGUGGCGGACCCCGUGCAGUGGUAUUUUUAUCUGGCGGAGCCCGGCGUACAGCCAGUUUGGUAUUUUCGUAGACUAAGGUGCACCGAGGUCCGCCAAGCUGUACAGAACAGCAGUGCAGUGGGAGGAGUGCAAUUAAAAAACCAAGGUACAUUAAGUGACCAGUGAUAAAGUGACAGAGUUAAAGUGACUGAAUUAUAAAGUGUUCAUGAGUCCAACGGCAGAGGGGAAGAAACUGUUCUUAUGGCGGGAGGUUCUGGUCUGAAUGGACCGUAGCCUCCUGCCUGAGGGGAGUGUCUCAAAUAGUCCAUGUGCAGGGUGAAAAGGGUCAGCUGUGAUCCGACCUGCUCGGCCCCGAGUCCUGGAGACGUACAGGUCAUGGAGAGAUGGAAGGCUACAGCCGAUCACUUUCUCAGCAGAGCCCACAAUGCGCUGCAGUCUGUGUCUGUCCCUGGCAGUGGCCCCGGCGUACCACACCGUGAUGGAGGAGCUGAGGAUGGACUUGAUGAUGGCCAUGUAGAACUGCACCAUCAGCUGGACCGGCAGCUUGGCUUUCCUCAGCCGCCGUAGGAAGCACAUCCUCUGCUGGGCCUUUUUGAUGAAGGAGCUGAUGGUUGGCUCCCACAUGAGGUCCUGGGUAAUGGUGGUGCUGAGGAGGCGGUAGCAGUCCACAUUGGUGAUGGGGGAGUCAGUGAGGUUGAGGGAGGGCAGGGGGGCUGUGGCUUUCCUGAAGUCCACGAUCAUCUCCACUGUCUUCUGGGCGUUGAGCUCUAGGUUGUUGUUGCAGCACCAGGUCACCAGCCGGUCCACCUCCACCUGACUUACACCGCACCUGCGCCACGACACAGGCGAAGCACAAAAAUAGAGCCCCCUAUUUUAAAGAUCAUGAAAAAAGUGUAAAAAUACAAACCCACAAACCCAUCAGAAAAGAUGGGUUAUGUUUGUGAGGUGGACUGAGGCAAAUCUGAUGAUAUGAAUAACAUGACAUGCUGCUGUCCUGAUUAAUGGUGAUGUUGCCGAUGCAGGUUGUUGAAGAUAAAGUGAUGUUGCCAAUUGCGGGGCAGAGGUUUGAUGAUUUUACUUAAGGGAGAGAAAGAAUCGGAGAGGACUGAGCCCUGAGGGACACCUUGUGACAGAGGAGCAGUUACUGAUAUUGAUGGACUGUUGUUUGUUUGAGAGGUUUGACCUGGACCAGCAGAGAGUGUUCCAGUGAUGUCGAAUAAUGAUUCUGGAUGAGAGACAAUGGUGUGGUUGAUGGUGUGAAAAGCAGACUUAAGUUUGUGGAGUGUUGGUUGUUUUAUUUCCCCCAAAUAUUUGACCUUUCUCUGCAGGGAACAUUUUUAGGUUCUCCUGUUACUGCUUGUGUCAAAUGCAUUAAUUCCUAAAUCUAAGGGAAGGUCAACAAUAAUAAGACAAAAAAAAAGUGUUUAAUCCUUUACGCUGGAUUUAACCCCUGCAUAUGAAACCGCUCAUCAUGUCAGUUUUCUUCUAUAAGCUUUUUCUAAGUAAUGUGUUCAGUUGAUUCACUGUUGUACCACAUCAGUAGCCAUCUUUGCAUGUGCAAAAUUUCUUGAUCCGAUGAAAAAUUUGCAGAAUCCGAAAAUCUGAAUCCACUCUUAAUAUGGGCACAAAAUCAAAUAAUCUGAUCAUGACGUGCGUAUUUACACCAAUCUUUAUUCAGAUUAGAAGCGUUUGGACAUGCGCAGAGUUCCCUAGAACAACCACAGAAGAAAAGUCGUAUUUACGCCUGUUCUGUCAACAAACCAACAAACGCGGUAGUGGCUCACUUCAUCCAGUUCAGGAGUUUUCCCCCUGUUAAAUGUUGUCUCUAGAUGGCGCCCUUGCCUACAUUUUUUACUGUCCUGUCAAAGGUUGCACUGUGCGUGCAGAUGUGACAUCAUCACGUUGUGUAUAUGCCUUGUUAUGUUACUGGAGGAGCAGACACAGCACCUGCGGUUGUGUUUUAUGCCAGAGAGUUAACAAUGAAACCUCCUGGACUGACUUCAAUAAAUAAACCAAAGGCUAAAGAGUGAAGAACAAGUCAAGUUUCUUCCUCAUCCAUGUGAAGACAGUUGCGCACUCCAAUGCUUUACAGCCUCCACUCAGAAUGGACUUGAGCCAGGUUCUGAGAGCAGUUCUAUGCUCUAAGCAAACAUGAUCCUGCACAUACUGAUCCUGUGUUAUGUGAGGAGACUGUAUACAGCAAGAAGGAGGAGUCAGACACAGACCAAUCACUCUUGGAUCCCACCAUGUUUACAUCUUAUCACUAACGGCAGAAAUCUGUCACAUUGACAUAGGGCACUCCUGCGCAGUCAGAUUAGUUUUGCCCUUACAGAGAGUCACGUCUGGAAUAAGUGUUUACAUGGACACAUUUCAGGAUAACGAUCAGCAUAAACCACCCCAUUGUUCAGAAUACAAUUUCUCUCUGAUUGAGACUGAUUUGAUCUGAAUUUUCCAAUCAGAUUUUUAUCUGAUUAGGUCUUUAUUCUGAUUAUUUGUGCACAUAUAAACAUAGCUAUUGUUGGGCUGACAAAACAAAUGUACUUAUUCUCAAAAUUCAGUAACCUUAAUCAGCCGUCCUGCCCAUUAAGCAUUAUUAACAAAAAGUGUUUUUAUAACUUCAUGCUAUUCUUCUUGAACAUAUAUUUGAGAAGUAAAUGGGCAAAGGUGUUUUUUCUGAUAUGCCUGAUGUAUUAAGAGUCACAAAAUGUCACAUUUCUGAGUCAUUAACACCAAAGUCAAGUUACGAGUCCUGAAAACGAAGAGUCAGGUGACGCAGUCCAAAUUUAUGCUAUUGAAUUUCUCUUUGGGGAUAAUUAACGUUAUUAUCAUUCAUAAAUUUCUAAACUCUAAAACUGCUGAGGGUGUACCUAAAUGUACUGCGUGUGUAUGUGUGUGUGUGUGUGUGUGUGUGUGUGUGUGUGUGUGUGUGUGUGUAUGGUGUAUUCCCUCUCUCUUCAAUCUCUCUCUCUCUCUCACUCUCUCCCAGUGAAGCUCAGACACUGGUUUCCGUAGCAGCAGACAAUUUGACCUUAGCAACAAACAUCCUAAUUCUCUCUUAGCAACAGGCUGAGAUCUGUGCUGUCAUGGAAACCGUAACAAACCUGUCAGUUUAGUCAGUUGCUAAGUGACGAGGAAGAAAAGCUAUUCAACCAGUAAGGAGGUGGACUGACAAAAUCUGAGAGGUCUGAAAUCUGGUACUGACCUGAACCAGAAUGGUGAGAUGGUGAUCCAGAAUCAGGGAGAACAUAGAAAAUACUCAUUACCAUGCUGCAUUUACUGGUCAAGCUCUAGAGGUAGACAACACACUGGCUUGUGAAGGAUUUUUCUGUCAUGGUUUAAUAUAUUCUCUUUAUAUUCAUUGUCUUUUUAAGAAGUAGAGUUUGGGUAUCACCACUUCAACAAAAACAUCCUUUGUCUCUCUCUUUUCUAUAGAUCUAAAUUACAUCUCCACCCUCAGACAUAAAUCAUCUUCCAUAAUAGUGUGGCCAACAUUGUUUGUCUGUCUGUGAAUUAUCUGUUCAUCGUCUUAUCAUCCUCUCCCACUAUGUGUCUGCCUCUCUGGCUUUAUCUAUGCAGAGACAUUCAUCAUGACCACAGUAUUGAUGGAAUUAUCUCACACACAAAUUUAUGCUCAACAAAUAGUGAUGAAGUCAUUCAUGGCACAGAAACAAUAAAGGGUCUCAUAAAAUCAUGCUUGUUAAUGCCCACAGCGUGUCCUAUUAAUAUAUAUUUAUCUUAAGAUAUACUGUGCUGAGCCAUAUCAAAUCUUAUUAGAAGAUACUGGACAAAAAUAGCAGGUUUGAAACCAACUCUGUGUCUACACUGCACUGUGUGUUUGGGGUGCCAUGUUAAUGACAGGCUCCUCUUUUUGGCUUCCUGGAUGUUGUUGAAAAGGGCAGAGCAGUGCAAAGAAUGCAGAAGCGGAAAAACACCACAAUAAAUAUAAUUUGGGCAAGCCCUCCAGGAGAACCUACACAGAUGCACUGCACAUGAUCCAAAAUCUGACCCUGACCGAGAGGAGGGAACUGUUGAAGUGUUGUAGCUGCAAUAGCAAGCUUCUGAAUGGUGAGAUAAAAUGUUAUCAUUACUCCUACAUGUGUCUCAUGAGAACUUGACUCUGCAGCUGGUGAUGUUUCUGGCUGCUGUUGAUAUCUGUCUUUGUCCUGGUAGGGUAGAGUUUGAACUUUUUCUGAAGUCCUCCUGAGCCCACAUGUUAAAAGCCAUUACAGAAUGAUGUGGGUUUUUAAUACAAUGCUGCCUGAGGGGUCAAAGGUCAUGAUCACAGUGUUUUUUUUGGGCCUUGUUGCUUACGUGCAGAUUUAUGUGAUUCUCUGAUGAUUUUAUAGACUAUAGAUGAUCAAAUCACAGAAUUCCUGAAGUUCUAUGUUGAGAAACAUUGUUCUUAAACUAUUGCUCCCACAGUUGAUGAAAAAGUGGUGAACCUUGCUCCAUCCUUGUUUGUGAAGGACUGAGUUUUUAAGUGAUGCUCCUUUUAUACCCAAUCAUGACCCUGUUCACCUGUUUCCAAUGAUCCAAACAGGUGGUUUUGGAACAGUCCUCAGUUUUCAGUCUUUUGUUGACCCUGGACCAACUAUUUAGAAACGUGAUGCAGCAUCAAAUUCAAACUGAGUGAAUAUUUCUAUUACAAAAAAAAGAACAAACAAAGUCAUGUUCAUCAGUUUGAACAUGAAAUAUCUUGAGCACAAAAAACAAAAACAUUCAGUGUAUUUAUACUUAGGAGACUGUAUGCACACUAAAACAAACACUACCAUGGGCACAUGCACUAUACAAAAAAGACAUUUUCAAGGUUUUCAGUCAGGAAGUGGAUCAAGUGCAGGAGAGAGAGAGAGGAAAGGAGUAAAACUGUAUUCCUCAUAAGAGCCUCUCCUUCCUGGCAGAUGAACAGUCAGAUAAAAACAUACAGAACAGUAGAUGAUGAGCUGGGUUUGUAAUGCUGUACUGGUACAAUUUAAAAAGAUGAAACAAUCAAGUCCCUUCUCUGACCCUCUCAACGUGAUGUCUAUAUCAUUAUUAAUUAGAUUUAGUACAAUACAACCAGCACAGAAAACUGGACAUGUUCAUUUUUUUGGGAUAGGAAACAUUUUAUCAGUGUAAAUAAUCAAUGAAUUAGUUCAGAGAUUUAAGCUGUUUCAUAAAGAGAGGUUAGAUUCAAGAUGAGGAAACAGCUAAUGGUGUCACAGCUCUCUUUCAUGCAUUAAGAUCUAAUUACUAAAAUAUCUUUUCUACUUCCUCUAAAUUAUUACUACUGCUUCUUCUGCUCUUUUACAUUCAGCAACUUCUGAUGGGAAUGUUUUUGAGACAUAGCCGGUCUGACCCAGAGCUGGGCCUCUUAGUUCAAAUAAAGAGCUGAGACAUGUUGGUUUGUUCAAGAAGCAAAUAAACUCUGACUUUCACACACACACACACACACACACACACACACACACACACACACACACACACACACACACACACACACACAGUAGCUGUGUUCCAGAUGUGUGUGUGUGUGUGUGUGUGUGUGUGUGUGUGUGUAUGUGUGCGUGCGUGUUUGUGUGUGUUCAUCUUCUUCAUCUUGUUAAUCUUCUACAGAGUCUGAGAGGCAGGGCAAUAAGAAACAAACAGGAAGAGGACCAUCAUAAAUGUAGAGAUCAAACACUCUCUCUCUCUCUCUCUCCCUCUCUCGCGCUCUCUCUCUCUUGGCUCUGACCCUGGUCCCAUGGUUCUCUGGCCAGCAGUGGGCUCAUUAAAAUGUGUGAAGCGACUGCUCUCGUCUGCAUGCUCUCUCCUCUCUCCUUCACCUUUUCUCUGGUCUUCCUUUUCCUAUCCUCUUCUGAUAGAAACAUAUCUCCUUUUCUCCCUGUCCCUCUCUCUCUCACUCUCUCUUUCUCUGUCUUUAUCAGUAUUGUGUCUUUUUGUCCCUCGCAUAGUACUAAUAAUCUAUCAGAUCAGACUCUAAACACAUAGCUCAGAUACAGCUUCAGAUGCACCUCUGAUCAGCAUGCAUGGUGUAUACUUAGAGUGUGUGUGUGUGUGUGUGUGUGUGUGUGUGUGUGUGUGUGUGUGUGUGGUGUGUGUGUGUUGGGGGAGGGUGUCUCUGCCUUAAUGAAUGGUUGCCGGGUAGAACAGAAGGCGUGAGGGAGGAAUUUGUUAAUUAUGAAUGGAGCACUUCUCUCUGGAUGUGAGCGACACACUGAGUGUAUCUGUGUGUGUGUGUGUGUGUGUGUGUGUGUGUGUGUGUGUGUGUGUGUGUGUGUGUGUGUGUGUGUGUGUGUGUGUGUGUAUGGUUAAACAGAGAAUGUAUUGGUAUUGGGUGAUGUAUGUGUGGGAAUGUGCCCUGUGAUUGAUCCAGUCAGAGGGUUGCUGGUUUGAAUCUGCAGGGUGAUGUGAGAUGAGUGAGGCUCUCAGCAUUUGAACAGUUAUUUUCAUAUAGAUUAGUUUAAUCUCAACAAAUUUGACAUAGGUUGGUAUGAGAGUCAAUUCAUGACUAAAUGAAUGAAUGAAUGCUCUAUUUCGAACAUGCAAUAAAUAAACAAAACAGAAUAUAGGUGGUAACCAAACACAUGCAUACCAUAAAUAAAAAAUCAAAGAUUGCUGGCAACAACCUACAUGUGUUUUCGAUCUACAUGUUCCAAAAGGAGUAGGAAGAAGUUUACACUUACUUAAUCCUACCCCUUUAAUCAACAGUUCCUAUCGUGAUAUUUUAUUAUACACAUAUACAUACACAACUAUACAUACAUAUAUGUUCAUCACACUGCUUAUAAACUUUCAGCCACUUGCGGAUAACCUGGCCAUGUUAAAUACUAGAUUAUGAUUGGUCUGAACCCCUGGAGAAUGUUUUUAUUUUUUUUUAUAAUUAUUUUUAAUAGUCUGAGCAACAGCAAAGACAACCUGAUCACACUCGUUAUAUCCAACCAGUCUGAGGUCUGGUGCAUUAUCUGUGCAAUGCUGUGUCUGUAUUGACCAGCUGCUCUCCCUGCCUCCACCCCAGCUCUUCCUUUUCAUGCUGUGCAUGAUUUUAGUUGUGUCUCAUGGAUUGUCACCGGUGCCUUUGUUCUGUACCAAGAGGCCUUUGCUGCUGCUCUGUCUGCCUAGACUUUCAUGUUUGCACAUAAUGGAGAGGGGAGGUGUGCUCUCCCCACCUCGGGCUUUGUCAUUCCACCUUUACAAAAUCUCUUCCACCAGGAGAGAUUUUGUCAGACAGGCAUGUGGAAGUUCUUCCACAUGCCUGUCUGACAAAAUCUCUCCUUUAGUAAUAAACAUUAAGUUUUCCACACAGUCUCCAGCAUGUCUGUUGUGCUGUUAAACGUUUACAUUUGGACUUUGGUAUGAAAAUACAGUAUCUGACUGUGUUUUUCCAAAGACUGCAGUGACUUAAUUUCUCUAUCCUCUAUCAGUCAGACGGGUGUUCUCCCUCAUGACUGCCCCUUUUUCUGUGCUUCUCUCAUGUGGUGUCCCCCAGGGGUCUAUCUUGGGUCCCUUCAUAUUCACUGUGCCCAUGCCUCCCAUGGGGCCAAUCCUGUAGGCACAGUGCAGACUUUCACUGCUAUGCAAACGUCUUAAACUCUAUGUACCCUAAAAACCUGGCACCACGUGUGUGUCUCACAUUAUGCCCUGUCUGACAAAGAUCAAGCCUUAGAUGUCCAGUGUUUUGCUACAGCUGAAUGACUCCAAAUCUGACAUAAUUUCCACUUUCCCCUCUGCCCUCGGUUCUAGCUACAUCAAUAAUCUGUCCUCCAGCCUGGGUGUCAGAUCUGAUAAUAUUCAUAAAGAGGCAUACAACCUAAGAGUCUCUGGACCUGGACCUUCAGGGUACCAAAGUCAUGCAGCCCUUUUAUGCUCAGCAGACAGUUCACUUGAAUCAGGUCAUUGUCCUGCAGAAAAGUCAUCCAUGCAUGUAGUCCUGUUAGACUUGACUUCUGCAGUACACAUAAAUCCAGCAGCAGUUUGCACAAAAUCCAAUCACUGCUCAUUUUCAGGUGUCUCUAGUUACAGAUGUUAAAGCAACAUACUUACCAAAAGGAUGUUGGGAAAACUGAGUUUUUGCUGAUUGGUGGACUGAAGUGGCCACUUAUCUUUGGGUUUAUUUAAAAAGUGCCAAAUUGUUUUUAUCCAGUACAUUUGUAUACAUCUAUCUUGUGCAUUAUGCAACACUGAGCUGCUGACAAACAUGGAGAUCUUUUAAUCAGCACUGUGUUUACAGCAUAUUUAGGGUGUUGCUGAAAAGGUAGAGUCACACUCCUCCUGGAAAGGUUUUAAUGUUUUUCCAAACAUUAGAGGUUUCUCAGUUUAGAAAAUAUGGAUGUGUUGCACUUCCUCUGCUCCCUGCAUUUUACUGAAAAGCCCAUCUAAUGCCUCGUGAUAAACACUGUCUGCGCAGGAAAUCCCAUUCGGCUGCUGUUUAAUCUGAGUUUUCCAGUGUGUACAUUUCUGUGGCAGCAGUGAUUAUGCUAUUCUCUGGGCACUGUAUACAAUAUAAGCCGUAUGUCUGCUGCACAGUCUGUAAGUACACAGCAUUAGAGAGAGCUGUGAUCAUGUUUCUGUUGUUGGCUCGUCCACCUGUGCUGCAGCAGCUUUAAGAGCCUUGUUUGGAAGUUAGCCGUGUCUGCCAUCAUUUAGACUGACUUCAGCUCCGGGGUCAGCGUUUUCCACAGGGACCUACUUCCUCUUAAAAUAGACUGUUUACAGUUGCAGGUUAGCCGCUCACAAAUCUGAGUCCCUGAGCGGCUUACUUUCGCUCAAACACACACUCACGAGACACUUCUUUAUUUGGACAAAGCUGGAGUGUGUAGACUGUGAGAGGAAGAUCAGAGUCUUGUGUAAAUACUGGCUGAAUGUAAGAGGAAAUCAAAGCUGGGUGAUUGUUCAUCUGUUUAAAGAAUACGACACUUCACUCUGCAAACUAACAGCUGUUAUAUAAAUACUGGGUGCAGCUUUGUGUGGUUUUCAGGGAAUGAAAAAGAGCUUUUCAGUAAGCACCUGUUUGUGAGCGUAUGUGUGUAGGUUUCAUGAAAUUAACCUGGCUGUUUCUGUGUUUCCAGGGGCAACUCGAGACAUCGGUUCAGCUCUGACUAGGAUGUGCAUGAGGCAUCGCAGCAUUGAAGCUAAACUUCGACAGUUCACAAAGUAAGAUACACGACUUUCUUCUUUUCCCUUACUGCUUCCAUCUGUCUUUACCUCCAUUUUUAUGAUUAUUGAUGACCUGACACAUCUUUUUGCUGUAUUAGUCAAAUCCUCAUCUAUAGCAGAGGCUGCAAAAGCAUGCACACUGCUCCCCUAAAGACUGAGAAAGCAGGGGUGUUACACGUUACAUAAAAAUUUAACUAAUCUCAUUGCUUCCCUGCAGCCAAUGGGAACGUGACUUUUUCACUUCAAAAGUUUACCUUGAGCUCAAAUAAACAGCUGCACAAGUUACUAUUGCCAAACAGUUGUCCUGGACACAAUUUCAUAAUAAAAGCACUUUAUGAAAAUAAGAAGAGCCUCUCUUCAGGAAGGAAAAAACAAUUAUUUUUUUAUGCGUUUUGUCCAUUCAAUGACUGAUGUUUUUUUUUUUUUUAGGUUGUGAGGGUAACAGCCUCUGAUGCACAGUGAAAACAGCAACCGAUAAAUCCCCUCAAUUUAGAUCUUAGAUAAUGAGCCUGUAUGGAGAAUUGAAGAAGUGGAAAGUGAAGACAUUCAAUUUGAAUUUGAAUGAAAAGGAAGACAGAACAAGAACUCAAAGAAACAGAUACUGGCCCCUGUAAACUCCACAUAUACACAGUAAAAACGAGUUUUCACAUCUGCUCAUGUGACUUUCCUCUCAUGCUGACCCUAUUUCAGGGUUAUAAUGGGGCAAAUAUUUGCUGAGGUUUUUCUCUGCGCUGUAUUGAUACCAUUUGAGACAUUUCUGUGUCUGUACAUGUUUAAACGAUUGUAAAUGAAUACAACCAUCAGCACGCAACACAGACCACAGAAGAAACCUCACCUUGGGUCUGGUGCUAACCAUGUUUGACUUUCCUACAAUCUCCAUACUCUAUAAUGACUUUUCCACUGCGAACACCAUCACUAUGAUGAUGGUGGUUUGUAUCUGUGCAUAUGUUCCCAUAUCUCCCCGCAUGUCCUGUAUGCUGUCUGUGCAUUAGUACCCAGUAUGUGUGGAAAGAGGAGCGAUCCAUAUACUAUAAUUAUGAAGCAGAGCAACACGUGAAGGGAAUUUAUACGAUGAGCUCACUCUAGAACUCUACUAUAGCUGCUCAUGUACUCAUGUCUUUAUAUUCUUCUGAUCUAUCUGCUGUUUUCAGGGAAAAAUGUGUGGUCAUACAGAGAAGAUGAUGUUGACAUGACUUUGUGAAGGCUGAUACCCACAUGAUGCGGAUUAUUUCAAAAUUCCAAUAAUGGACCAGAUGAUUUAAUUUAUUUAUUUUUCUAAUGGAAUGAUGUCUGUAUUAAAAACAAUACUGAUCAAGCCAGACAUACAUUUUAUGAGUCAGUCUGGACUUUUGAGAUGCGCAGCACCACUGGAAGUCGGCUAAAUGAUGCACAACUGUGGGUUAUUGUUAUGCCAAGCAAGGUAAUCACGGCCCAAUCAGCUGGGCCCAAUCCUGAGUGCGCCUGCACCAAAUGUGUGCACUGUGGAGCGGUAUUCUGCCACCUGUUUGUACUGACAUGCCUGGACUUGACUUGAAUGAGUCUCCAUUAUAGACUGUAAAAUAAAUGGACACAGUGUUGGUGUGUUGUUCCUGCAACAGAGCUUUGAAGCCUUUUAGCAGCAGUUGCCAUAUUGGAAAUACUGACUCAGCCCAACUUCCAGUCAACCUAAGGCCUUAAAGGAAUAUUCAUCAACAGUACAUAUAGGGUCCCAGCCAUAGUACAAGCCAUCAAACGUCUGUAGCUUUGUCUGAUUUCUUUAACCAAAAGGUUAAACACAACUCCCCCACUCUCCUCCAGCAGCCGCUUGUUUGUGGGGGGAGCCCUGACAAGUCGAUUACCGAGUGCAGCGGAUAAUUUCCUUAAACUGAUAAUCAUCAUUAUAAUGAUUUUGCAUUGCAGACGCGGUAGUUCUUCUGCCUUAGCAUCUCGGUCUGAUUGCAUUUUCAUGAAGUAAUAAUCAUAAAUUUUCUUCCUUGAGCUGCAAAACUCUGCUGCACUCGGUGAUCAACUAUUGCUAUUGUGCCGUCGUUGCUGAAGUUGGUAUAACUAGAGAAGGAAGCGGUCGGCAACAUUCAUCUCUUGAGGGGGUGUCUAACUUGGUGUUACAGUGUGUUUGACCGUAACUUAAUUCCUGUUAAACACUAAGGGCUCUAUUUUCGUCCUUCGCCGGAGACGUGGCGCAGGCGUGGCGUAAGUCAGGUCUGCCACACCGACACAGCGUUCCCAACGACAAUUUGCUAUUUUGGUGAGCGGUACAGCUUGGCGUAAGUAUCCCCCCUCCCUUACUCAGCUACUCCCAGCGGCAUAAGUCGUAGCGAGGGAGGAGACAGGGUGUGGAGUGGGUUUAACACAGCCGAUACCUGUAUUGACCAAUAACAUCAGCUUCUCUCCUCGCCUUUAAAUCCGCCACCGCCACUGGCGAGGCGUAUUACAAUUUUCGUGCAGUAGUCAAAAAGAUCAAGAGAUGUCUGAAGACAGCAAUGUCACCCGAUGGCGACAGAAGGCAGCCCCUCAACAAGUAUCACUGUACGCGCUUCAGAGGGCGUCCUCCACACUCUCUCAAAUAAGCAUAGAGGGAUUUGGCGUGUGUAAGGUUGGACCCAAUGGUAAGACGAACAUCCUUUUCUACAAAUAAAGACACUCACAUAAAAUUGCAUAUAUUCAAACCUCACGUGGGUUGUGCGCACAGAUCAAAACAUAAAUUCCAAAAAUGGCAUUAAAAUCGGAACCAUCUGUGCGUAAAUGACGCAUCACGCUCCGUGGCCUGGCUCUUUCUUACAUUGAUGUUGGCAUAUAAAAUAAAUUUGGCUCACAAAACUGAAAAUUAUAAUAUUCGUAUGUAGGCUUAAAGUAAAUAACUCAUCUGAUCACUGAAACAUAUCAUCUGUUCAGCCGCUGCAGCAGGAUGGAGAGAGUACACAGAGACAUGUCCAGGUCGAGCUGCGCGAGAAAUAAGAGGAAGAGGAAGAAAGAAAAGGAGGAAGACGAAUUACAUAUCUUGUUCACUUCAUCGUGUUUGUCUAUUUACUAAAUAUUUAAUUUAAUGCGGUUUCAGCUGUGUUGAUUCGGUCAGGUUGUAUGUCCAAACGCGUGCCAAACGCGCUCAUCAGAUCAGAUAUAGAUCAGAAUAUAUCUAUAGAUCUAAAUGUUUGUACUGACUCAGAUUAAUAGUUGUUGAUGAUUAUUUAUUGCACUGAAAUGUGCCUGACACUGUGGAAACCUGCCAGUGAGGCAUCGGUGACGCCGUCGGUCUACCAAAAUACCACUAGACCAGCUGCGCUCCGCCUGCGCUGAAAGCUGACCUUGUUUGAAUCAGCGAGCUUUCAGCGCACUUUAUACGCCACUGGCAAGCACGAAAAUGUCACUGCACCAGCUGAUUCUGUCGACACCUCCCCUUGCCACACCACCAAGCCCAGCUUGGCGCACCUCGGUGCGCCUCAGGCUACGAAAAUACCAAACUGGCUGUACGCCGGGCUCUGCCAGACGAAAAUACCACUGCGCGGGGUCCGCCACCCUCUGCCACGUCCCCGGCGGACAUGAAAAUAGAGCCCUAACAUUGUUCUCGUCUGUCAUUUGAGUUAGCCUUGCUUUUGAUUCACAAAACUAACUGUAACCUUGAUAUCUUCUAAAAAAAAUCACUCAACAUAGUGUGAGCAGAGAAAUGAGUGAUUCAGACGAAAACAUGUUUCUAUACCAGGCUGCAAAUUUUUGCACUAAAAAUGGGCUUUUCCAGAGACAGCCUCUAGUGGACACUCAGGGAUCUGCAGUUUUAAGCACUCAUGCAUCAAAUUCACUUCUCAAGUUUGCAGUCUCAAAAUCUUUAAAAGUCAUCAGAAGUAGAAAACUGGGGUAGAAGAGUAGAAAAAAUGUCCUGGUUGUGAAAUACAGCAGUUUUUGUUAUUUUACACAUCAUGUUAAACUCUUGUUUCUCUGUCGUUCUCACAGCGCUCUGAUGGAGAGUCUGAUCACUCCUCUUCAGGACAAAAUAGAGGACUGGAAGAAAACAGCCAACCAGCUGGACAAAGAUCAUGCCAAAGGUACAAACACACCUCAGGUCAUGAUCCUGAUUCAGGUUAGAGCUGGGGUAUUGAACUCCAGCUUCAUAUCAUUCCUGCUGAAAGAGUAGGAAUCAGAAUAAACUGCUUUAUAAGGUUGUUUUUACCUAACCUUUAUCUAACCUUUUAGUGCAUGUGCAAGUUCAUCCUAUCAAACAGAGUGAUCUGGAGCUUUGAAGACACUGAAACACAUACAUAUAGCUUAAACUUACUGACUAACGGUUCUGACUUAAACACACCAACACACACAGGAGAAAUCUGCUCUGUAAAGAUGAUGAAGGUGAGAUGGUUUUCACAUCCUGUCCUGUUCCAUGAUCGAACUGCUAAAGAGUUGGAUCAUCGAGCUGUGGGAGUGUUUCUGCUGAAUUUAGCAUGAGGAAUGUGAGAUGAAUGAGGUCACACACCAGGCUUUACAUUCCUGUAACUGAAGCAUCUCUGUUCGCCCCGUGUCCAGAGUACAAGAGGUCACGCCAUGAGAUCAAGAAGAAGUCAUCUGACACCAUGAAGCUGCAGAAGAAGGCCCGCAAAGGUGAGAGACCCGCAGACCGCAUGUUCAGAGGUCAAAGAGCGACAUUCAAGGACACUCAGACAACAUCAGUGCUACUUUAAUCAGGAGCUGCUGUGGAAAAGCUUUGGAUAAGCCAGUUUAUACCCCAUGCUAACUGGCUGCUGUUUUUCAGAGUAGCUCAUGAAUAGUAAAUACCAAUAGUAUCCGGUCAGUCCACACAGGAUCAAAUGCUGAUUACUGAUCGUACCUGAUGAUUAAAACAACUCCAAACAGACUCAUAAACACAGCAGGUACACUUUUAUGACACAUGCACACUCACUUCAUACAGAAAAGCUUUUAGUGCCAUCUAGUGGUGAUGAUCAACAUUGCAGGUCAUUUUUUCAUUUGUCCCUCACUCAGCGAUGAAACGAACUAUACGUAAACUCUUUUCUUUUCAGUAACCAGGCAGAUAAAAAUAUGCAAGUUUGGUUCAAUUUAGAAGUAGAGGUUAGAGUUGAAAUCAUGCUUUAAAUCUAAUGAUUCUCUCUGAUCAUAUCUCGUAUGUACACAGAGUUUUUUUUAGAGUAUCUUCUGUCACAGCGCUGGCGUUACAAUCGUGACUAGAUGGUGUUUUUAUUUUUUAUGCAAAGGAUAAACAAGCAAUGAUACUGUCUUUGGGUUAAAUUAUUCUCCCAAAAAAUGAUCAACAUUUAAAUCUGGUGCAGUCACUGUUUCAUGGAGUCUGCCAGCAGUAUCCUGGGAUGAGGAAAAGUGUGUUGUUUCCAUAAUGCAGUUUGAGUAAAAAUGUCCAAAUGAAGUCCACAAAGUCAGAGCUUCAAAAUGAGUUAUUUGUUAAUCUGUGAACAGAUGUGAAAGAGUUAUAAUGAAAAUAAUCCAGACACUGAAACAUUACAUACAGGUGCUGGUGUCUUUAAACCUCAACAGUGUUGCAUUUUACAUGCAAAUCAUGUAUUUUUAUUGUGACUUCUUAUUUCCAAGUAAACCGACAAAGAGUGAGAUAGCAAGGGAAGUUCGGCAGAAGGGCGACGUUGCCACAGCUGUAAAUUUCAUUCUUGAAAUCAAACUUUAAUCCUUUAUUUCAAAUCUUAUUUGUUUGUUGGCUUUUUUCCUGACAUUUUGGCUUUUUUCAAGAGCUGCAUUAUGACAAGUAAAUCGUCCUCCUCUCAGUAUCAUGUCUUCCUUGUCCCUGCCCUGAAACUCUUGUGUAUACAGUGCAGACGUCCGCUGAUGGUUCUAUCAUUUCUUUUUUUUUAAUUUUGUUGCAGUCGUGUUAUUUUGCUCUAACCUGUGCCACUGUGGCUGUCUUGUGAUGGCUUCUUUGUACUAACCUUAACAAUGAGUUCUGCUAUUUCUGCUCUCUCCCCCCUCUUUUCUUGUUUUGCUCCUUGUUGCUGUCUCCCCCCUCUCUCUCUGCUGCUGUCUCUGUGUCUCCCCUGCGCUGUUAUAGAGAUACAGGGUGAGUAUCGGCCUGUUGCUGUACGACUCUGCAGCAUCACCUCAUUUAUCUGUCUGUCAUUUUCAGACUCCUCUUGUAGAUUAUAACACCAGCAUGGAUGUAGAGAAGAACCAGCUCACUUGGUCCAACAUGUCACUCAGCUCAAAGCUUUGUUCAUAACUUUUGGCUCUGUAGAAACAGCUGUGUCUAUAAACAAAUGCGGAGGUUGAGUUGUUACUAGGUGUAGAUGAUCAAACAGGUGUAGUGUCAUUCUAUGCAUGCAGUAGUAAUCUCUGCUGACUUUACUGCAUGCUGUAACAACAUAAAUAGUUAUGUCAUAUAUUAUUCCUUCAUUGAUUACAUUCCAUGUUUUCAUUUCCUCUUAACAAAAGACAGUUUUCAGGUUCUCUAGAAUCUUCUCCACAUCUGCAUUUUGCCUUUUGUUAACCAGAUACAGUCAACAUUGAAGUGAGUUUUAAGCUCGGCGCUGUCUUUAGUUUCUAUGAAGUUCAGGCUAAAUCAUCAUUUUUGAACCAGUAUUUCUCUGUCAAAACCAGUCUUACUGACCAUACAUUAGAAAAAUGUCAAAAAGAAAUUACAAAUUAAAAGAUAUAUUCGUAUUUUCAGAAAUCAAUACCUUCAUUUGAGUUGCGAAGUCACAUUGGCCUUCCACAGGCUGGAUAGCGCCCCCAGUGGUCAUUAGGAGAACUGUGGGUUUUUUGAGACAAAAUGGGUAAAUGGUACCAUCUGCUGGAAAAGAGUGAAAACUACACAUUUAAAGCCUGGCCUGCAAAGAUAUUUUACUUUAUCAGUGUUUAAUGUUUGAUUUUGCAAGGUCAGUAUGAUUAAAAACCAAAACCAUUAUCUGCCUAAAGCCGACAUUUAAAUGUUAGACCUAAAAACACAAAUUUCUGCCAAAUGACAGGCCAGACUAAAUAUCGAUGGAUAAAAAUUAAGUUGUAUGCAUACAUAUGGGGCCUCAGAGUUGAUAAAGCAUUCAGCAGAAGUCUACGACGAAACAAAGACAAAGAGCAAAAUUAAAUAAAUAAAUAAAGGCCCUGGUUUAUGUUUAUAGUGGCUGUAAUGAUACUUUUGUCACAUGAGAAGCAGUAAUGCUUUGUUGUACCUCUGAUCAUAUUGUGCAGGGGUUGUCUUAUUCGUCUGAAAUGACCUAUAAAUGAAAUACAUAACAUGAUACUCUGACUGGACCGAGUCAUCUAGAGAACUUCUUAACAACAAGAUCUUUCGGCUAACUUCGUGUCCACCAUUUUAUAUCAAAGUUAAUGCAUGUUAUACCAGGAAGCAGAGCAUUUUGGGAAGCCUGAUGGAACAACAUUUAGACUUCCAUUCAGACUUCUACACCUCCAGCUUCAUUUUCACCUCCUGAUGACCCCCCCCCCAUUCAUUUACCAUCCUCUUUCUUGUCAAACAUGCCUUUUUGUCUUUGAUCUCUGAUGUACUGUUUUCUUCACCUCAGGCCGGGGCGAUCUGCAGCCUCAGCUGGACAGCGCAAUGCAGGACGUGACCGACAUGUGCCUGUUGAUGGAGGAGACUGAGAAACAGGCAGUGCGCAGGGCUCUAGUGGAAGAGAGGGGUCGCUUCUGCACCUUCAUCGGCUUCCUGCAGCCAGUGGUGGUGAGGAGGGAAAGGGAUGGAUGGAUGCAGAUGAAAAUGGAGCCAUCAUUGAGGGGUGGAGAAGUCGGAGUCUGUGUUUAACCUUGUUUUGUUUUCAGAACGGAGAGAUCGCCAUGCUGGGAGAGAUCACUCAUCUGCAGGCCAUCAUUGACGACCUCACUGUGCUCACCACCGACCCCCACAAACUGCCCCCAGCUAGUGAACAGGUGAGACACUCAGUGAACAGGUGAGACACACAGUGAACAGGUGAGACACCUAGUAAAAUCAAUUUGCCAAAGCCCGUGUAGUGUUGAGAUUAGUGAUGGCUUUGUGUCUGUUUUCUUUAAUUUAGUUGAUGUCUCUAAUGUUGACAGACUACAUGAUUAAAGCCAGACUACUGUUGAGGAAAAGUUUGUGUAGCUAUGGCAACAGCAUCCCUGUCUAUAUGCUGAAUUAUCAGAGGAUGAUCACACCUCAAAAUAAAGAAACCUAGUGAAAUAUCUGAUGCCCUACAGCAACAGUGUAGUGCUAGUAGAACUCUAAGAGGUAUCAUGAAGCCCCAACAUCCUUUUGUCUGUAGUGAUUACUGGUCCCUGUAGGUCAUCAAAAAGGCUGUAAGUUUCAGUUUGCAUAUUGUAGAAAGGACAAUGACAUGAAAGGACAAACCUGUGAGUCUCGUCUUCUUUGUCUUUCUCUCUCUCUCAGGUGAUUAAGGACCUUAAGGGCUCAGACUACAGCUGGUCCUAUCAGACACCUCCUUCUUCUCCCAGUAGCUCUGGCUCCCGCAAGAGCAGCAUGUGCAGGUAACCCCCCCCCCCCCCCCACACACACACACACACACACACACAUUUAAACACACAUAUGUUUGCACAGUUAUUCAAACAGCAGCUUGUUAUGACCUGUGUGAGCAUCAGAAAGAGGAGCCACCUGGUUUUCAUGUUUCACUGUGACUGUCAGUUUGUCCGUCUGUCUGUGAGUCUGUCCAUCUUUACUGUUCGUUCACUCAUCCCAGGGCAGCAGCUGUCAGACAGAGAAAUAAGAGUAGGGAUAAUAAGACUACCAAGCUGUUAAAAAUGGUCAGAUAUACAAGAAAAGUUUUUACAAUCAAUGUCUCUGCUUUCCUGACUCUUAGAGAACUGACGUGUUUGUCUGUAUAAAUCAAUCCAGAAUAAAAAGCAGUAAAGGUAGAAACUGGAUUUGAAGCUUCUGUCUUCUGCUUCAUGAUGUUUUACGCGGUGUGGAUUUCAUUAGGUUGCAGACAUGCAGUGUGAAACUUGGUGGAAUGAGCAGGUGAAUUGUGUCUCAUCUUGUAGUGGGAGACCAGUUUGCUUAUUCCUGUUUUAUAUUAUUUAAAACCAAAGCAUUACUGCCAGAACAUAAAGCUUCACAACCUUAAGGAUGCACAGAGGUAAAGGUGUAGUUCACUAAGAUUGUUAGCAACAGGAAAUGUCAGUUGAGAAAAUAGCAGAAGAAGCAGAGCAGUAGCAAGGUUGUCAACCUCUGCAUGUGGGGUCAGCUGUGGACUGCAGCUGUAUGUAAGUUGCUGUUUUCCUCUGAUCCAGAAAGGUCCUGAAGUCCUGUUAGCAUCAAGUCCCACUCAUGAAAGCCUGCAGACUCAAACAGCUGACCAGUGCUCUGCAGGUAGAGGGACACAUUAGUGGAUUUGAGAUAAGUGCAUAACCAAAGAGCUGUGUGAUGGCAAAGCAAAGCAGACGUACACUCACACUGAGAGAAGUGCAAAUAAAAUUUAAGACGGAUGGAGAAAAAACGAGGACUGUGUAACCUCAGCCUCCCCAUGGUCUUAGUGUAUUUGUGUGGGUUAGUCUCUGUCAGUGUCUGCAUGUCCUGCUGCAGCGCCCCCCUCGGGGUGAAUGAAGCAUGCCCGUCAUCUCCUCCUGCCUGCAGUUUUUACUGAGCGUGCUCCAGUUCCUCAUGAGCUCACACACUCUUUGUCUACCCCCCUCCUCCCUCACUUUUUUACCCCUCUCCACCUUUUUUCCUCACCUCCCACACACAUCCCCCCCAUGCUUGUCUCCUCUCCACUCCUCCAUUAUCUGGUCGUGCCUUGUCUAUGUGGAUUGGUGUGGUCCGCCCUCUUUCUCGCUGCGCGGUGUUUUCCUGGUGACCUGGAUCAUCUCUGGGUCUCUAAACGCUUUGAACUGUAACUCUCCCAUUACAUUACGGGUUUCCUCUCAUUGGGUCAACUAAAAACGUCCUGUGACCUGCUCCUAACCUUCACUCCAUCACAAUUGGACCAUAAAAACCAUCAACGCUAACAUUUCAUCUCUUCCAAUAACUCAUCCUGACAAACUCCUGAAUCCUCCUAAAAUCAUGCUCUUUCUCCUGAAAUACUGUCCCCACUCAUCAUAUAUCACUUUCACCUUCACCUUCACCCUCCUCACCCCCCAUCACUCUGCCCCCCUCCUCCUCUGCACCUCCCCCUCCUCCCCUGCAGCAGCGUCAACAGCGCCCACAGUAGCGCCUCCCGCUCCUCAGGGGGAGGCGGUAGUGUUGGUUUUGGUGGUGGAGGCUCCCAGCCUCACUCACCCACUUCCUCCUCCUCCUCCUCCGUUCGCUACCGCAGCAGCCUGCCACACCAGCCUCUGCCACCAGGGGGCAUCGCCGCCCACCGCCUCAGCAGCGUGUCCUCCCACGAUUCAGGCUUCGUGUCCCAGGAUGCAAACAUCUACUCUAAGCCGCCCUCGCCCAUGCCCUCAGACAUCACAAGCCAGGUACGGGUGCCUCCAACAAACUGACACACACUCAGAAAUACACAACUGGAACACACUCUAACACACAAAUGCCAAAAAGUCCAUUCUGGAACGUGCUAAAUUCACACAAGACAAAAUGAUGUCCCAUGAAUAUAAAGGGAUAUUCCAGCAUAAAAUAAAGUUAGGGUCAAACACACCGCAUCACUAAGUUAGACACCCCCUCAAGAGAUGAAUGUUGCCGACUGCUUGAUUCUCUAGUUCUACAAACUUUAGUAACGACCACAGGAUAGCAAUACACAGCGGUCUAUGUCUCCACAAACAAGCCUCAAACAAAAAGCCACUCUAUAGCCACAAAUAAUGCUCAGAACAGCACCUAACUUCAUCAACAGUACAUAUAGGGUCCCAGCCAUAGAACUAGCCACCAAACAUUUUUUUAGCUUUGCCCGAUUUCUUUAGCAGAGAGACUAAACACAGCUCACCCUGUCUCCUCCAGCAGCCGCUUGUUUGUGGGGGAGCCCUGACGAGUCGAUCACCGAGUGCAGCGGAGUUUCGCAGCUCAAGAAAGAACAUUUAUGAUCAUUUCUUCAUGGAAAUGAUCAGCUGCACUUGGUGAUCGACUCAUCAGGGCUCCCCUACAAACAAGCGGCUGCUGGAAGAGAGUAGGUGAGGUGCAUAUCGCCUCUUUGCUAAUCUGCCUUAACUGAUGGUGAUAGCCCUCUGUUCUUUUCCAGUAUCAACAAGUCCAAAACACAGGGAAUCUUUAUGUCUAUCAUACAUACAACAGCUUACAGACCUGUUUAAUCAGGCAAAGCUAAAAAGAUGUUUGAUGGCCAGCACUAUGCCUGGGACCCUGUAUGUACUGUUGAUGAAGUUAGGUGCUGCUCUUAGCAUUAUUUGUGGCUAUAGAGUGGCUUUUUGGUUGAGGUUUGCGCGUGAAGACGUAGACCGCUGUGUAUUGCUAUUGUGUGGUUGGUGUAACCACAAGUUGGUAUAACUAGAGAAGGAAGCAGUCGGCAACAUUCAUCUCUCGAGGGGUUGUCUAACGCAGUGUUUCGGUGUGUUUGACAAUAACCUAAAUUUAUGCUGAAAUGUCUCUUUAACUACACCUGCAACUCAAAUAAAUUGCAAGCGAGAGAGGGUGUGAAAGCAGCUGUGAUGACAAACCUGCAGAUAAUUAAUACUGGCUGAAAUCACUCAGAUAAUGAGGACCUAAACCAUAUCAAAAAAUCAUAUCAUUUAUCAACAGCGCCAAUAAAGGAGAGGGUUCAAGAUCUCCCAGCAUCAAACACUCAGGAUGCAAAACCACCUCUAUGAACCCCAUAAAAACACAUGCAAAACUCAUGCACUGCCUGACAUAAGAGUUAACAUAUGAGGCUGCCAGACAGUGAGUAAAAACCCCCUCGGGGAGCUUGUGAGAGGCAACAUCUACCAAACACAACCACACAGAAGGAGGUCACUUAUCACUAGUAAUAGUAACCACCAAAAAAUAUAUGCUAACACCAUCAAUUCAAUUCCAAUUUGAAUGAGACAUCAGGAUCAUUUUCACAGUGGACCAAUAAAAAUCACCUGCCACCAGUGGAGAUGUUUAUCUCUCAACACAGAGCAGACAAAUCCCUCAGCAUUAGGAACUCCACAUGGGUCAUUAUGAAGUACGAUUUAUCUGUCCUUUGUUUGCUUGCAUAGAUUAUUACUUGAUCAGUGUCCGCCCUCAGGCUAGUCAAAUCAACCAGUGAGAAAGUGUCUGGUUCUCUGGCCCUUCAAGACUCACUUGUCAUACGGGGAGUGUGCACAUUGAGCAUGCACGCGCAUGUGCAGCAGUUAAUCCAACUCAUGACUUUGCAGGUUCAGAAAUGGAAAAGUUCAGUGAUGCUGUGUCUGUAAUAAAUUAAAAAAGGCCUUUUAUCAUCUCCUGCACAAGAGGGCCCUCUGGUGGGGCAAUAACAGACGAGCCCUCAAUGCAAAAGAAGAGGGAUGAUUUUUUUAGACAUUAAGCUGAUGUGUCAUUUCUCUGGCAUGUUUUUCUUAUUGUAGGGAUUUUAUGGAUUAUGAAAGUCAUGCAAAAACAGAGAGCACAGGCUGUGUUAAAAAAUAGGUAUUCUGUUUCUGUUUACCUGCUGCAGAAGUCCUCCAGCUCAGCGUCUUCAGAGGCCUCAGAAACAUGCCAGUCAGUCAGUGAAUGCAGCUCCCCAACCACUGUAAGUACUAUUAUGCUGUUAUAUUACACCACUACAAAAAAUCUACAACACUACUAGUUGUGAUCAGAUGCCUACCUCUGUACAACCUGACUUCAACCCUUCAAUUGUUGAAGAAAUGAGUCUGAAACGUGUUGACAUGCUGCUAUUUCAAGGCAGGAAAAUUACGCCUCAUCUGCAAUAUGUAACACACAACGGCGUAAUGCAGUCAUUUGUGAGUGACCUUAUGGUUAAAGCAUCUAUUAGGGUGCAUGUAAAUAUGAAACUCUGCAUUUAUUGAGUUUAAACUGCAGUCAGUCUGCUUAUACAGAAAAACUGUCCUUUACAGCUUUAAUUAAACUGCAUCUCAAGCCACACAUGAAACCAGCUGUGUUUACUGCAAUGGAGAUAAAUGAUUCAGCAAGGACACAGGCUGUUAUAUGUUAUAUUUAUCAUAUUUUCUUUGAAGCAGGAGUUUCAUUGAAAAAGAAAUGGAUGUCAAACCAGCAGGAGGAGACAGUGACAGCUGCAAAGCUGCUGAACGUAGCCGGCAGCUCUGGAGAGGCUAACAUGUUUUGGUCGUGCAAAGUUUCAGAAGGCGGUUCAAAGAGCUGUUCUAAUGCAGGAAUUGAUUUUUUAGAUGUUGUGUUUUGGACUUGUUGAUACUGGAAAAGCACAGAGGGCUAUCACCAUCAGUUAAGGCAGAUUACAAUUUUAGUUUUAGCUCAGGUCAACAACAAACUUCACCUGUAGGACUCAUCCUUUCCUGCACACAGUCAUUUCCUUGGUGUUUCUUACAGCUCCUCUCUUCCCUCUCAACUUACACUCUUUGACUUCUCCACAUCUGUCCGCAGAAAAAAUAAAUUCUCAUAAUGCUCCAGAGACAGAGUGAAUCUUCAUGUUUAUCAUACAUACAACAGCUUACAGACCUGUAUCUGCUCCUGCACAUGAAACCUUAAGAUUUUGGUGCGCUAAGCAGGAGCGUUAAGGAGAGAUAGAUUAGAGAUGUAUGUAUGUGAAGCAGCUGUGGGAGUCCAGUCAUGGUUCAGUCUUUGGUUUGGUUCUGAUGGACUGCUGCCUCUUUCUGGAGGAGGGAAAUGACUGUGGUUGGUAUGAUUGAUUUAAGAAGUGUAAAAACAGCUUGAUGAUAAAUGUUUACCAAAAUAAAAAGAGACCUGGGAGUGAGAGCUAAAUGUCGGGUAUUUCAAGUCCAGGCCUCAUUGACAUUCCCACCUUUCCCACCUGUGUUUUCCCUACCUAACUUUAAGGAGACAUACCAGAAAAGAGCCAAACCUGUGCUAAAAAUGCUGUGAUAAAGCUGUGAGACAUAGAAAAACAAGGUUACUAAGAUAAAGUCAUAGCUGUCUUUGUUUUGGCUGCAUAGUGGCUGCGCUGUGGUGCUGUCAUAUGAAAGGUAUCAGAACUGUAAAUGCAUGCAUGCAUGGGGCUGCUGUAACACAUCACAUGACCCUCUUAACACCAACAUGCAAUAUAAAGUCGUGGUGACAUGCAGCUUUUAAAGUAUCACUCAGUUAGUCUCUAGACUAAAUAAACAUAGUACUUGUAGAGUCAUUUCAGAUUUUCUCUACAGUCAAACCUGUUCCUGCUCUUCUGUUUCAUUCUGUUGUAGUUGUGUGAAGAUCUUUACAACCCCAAAUCCAAAAAGCUGGGACACUGUCUAUAAGUUGAUAAAAACAGAUUGUGAUGGUUUGCAGAUAAUUGAAACCUCAAUUUAAAGGUGGGGUAGGCGGGAUCUGAGGAAGUGCCAGUUUUGGGGAGAAAUCUUGAAUGUAAACUCUACCCCUCCCAACCAGUUUUCCUCUCAGUUCCUCCUCUCCCCUCCCUUUCUGCUCCAGCAAGCCCCACCCACAAACAGACACUCCUGCUCGCUCGUAUCAUUCCAAUUAAAUUCAGAUAUAAUGCAGAUAGUACGUCAGGUAUUACAAAUGGGGCCCUGUCAACGUGAAAGUAAAAAGCAUUGGUGCUUCUGUAGAUGCCAACAGACGGCCAGAAAACACAAUGUUUGCAGGACUUCUACAACUAGCAUAGAGUGACAUAGUCCAGGACCCGAGGUCAACAGUUCAGGGGUGCUACAACACGCAGCAGGUCCAGCUUGACGAGAAACACUUCUGUUACAGACACUUGGCUUACUUUGUUAAAGCGGUUUACCUGUCCAGCUGAAAGGGUACAGGGUCUCCGUUUUAUACUUGGUUUUAUUGCUUGUGUCUUCCAUACUUUCUGGUUGGUUUCUACGGUCCGAUAUUGUAGCGCGCUAACUUUGUUUAGGCUUGAGCAUGUUAUUGGAGCGAGCCUUACAACACGAGGGGGCUGCAUCUGCCUCACAACCAUAGACUGUAUAUAAGAUGGACAGAGUCUGCCUCCUCGCUGGGUGAAGCCACUCUGAGAACAGCACCCUCUGUUGAUGGGCUGCAGUAUGGGUCAUAAAUCCCGCCUCUGCCAGCAAAGCUUAUGGGACUGUGGACAAACUUUAGAAAUUUAUUACACAGAACAUAAUUUUUUCUCCCUCCUGCUUGUGAUGUUGACAUGUAGUUACUGUAAGACUGUUUUGUGCUCAAGUCCUCUUUUUUCUGUACAGCUCCGUUUUUAAAAGUUAUUAGGGGGUUCAUGUUUUCUAUGAUUGACACCUGGUACAGCCUAUGGGCGUUCAGGGAUUGCGUAGCUCUUCCGGGGGAAUACGCUGUUUGACCCGAGCGUCAUCACAGGGACUCUCGACGACUGCGCGGCCGAAUGCGCUCAUUGCUACGAUGCAGCUCUGGUUUCAAGGAAGUGGAGAAAAACCAGGAAUUACUGAGAGCUUUUUGGCUUCAAAUCAGUAUACAGACAGAAGGUGGAACCACGGUGUCCAUCUUAUAUACAGUCUAUGCUCACAACCAAUCAGCACCAAUGAGUAGCGUCGGCCUCAUAACCAAUCAGGUUGGGAGUGGCGGAGACCAAAACACCAAAACACAGUGAUAUUGUUAUAUUACCAAAUGUCAUCAAUAGCUAUUGGCUGAUAUUAAAAGCUUUUUUGUAUAUACACCACAAAAAAAGAUGCUUCUUUAACAGAAUACUGCCUACCCCACCUCUAAGUCACCAUAUAAAUAACAGGUUUCUAAAAAGUGGUUAGAGUUUUGUAUGUUUUCAUCCAGACAGACACUUUUUCAGAGAAGACCUUCAUAUUUCAGCGAGACAAUGACAAACCACAUUCUGACAACAGGAAUUACAACAGCAUGGCUCUGUAGUAGAAGAGUCCUGCUGAGAAACUGGUCUGUCUGCACUCCUGACUUGUCCCAGAAACUGGUCUCCUGGGUUCACUAACAUUUACAGAGUGAUGGUAAAUGAUGUUGUCUUUGCACCAUCAAAUUCUGCUUUUAUCACAAUUUCAAAGGGUGUCUCAGUGUUCGUUUUUUGGAGUUGUAAAUGUGUCCUUUGUAUUCCUUUAUGUUUACUCCUGGGUUACACUCUCUCUCUCUGUCUCUUUUUCUGUCUUUCUGUCUCAGUUAAAGUCUCUGUUGUUUUCAUUCUCUGAUGAUGUGACUGUGUCUCUCAUCCUGCAGUUUGGCUCGUCCUUCGCUACCUUCCGCCCCGCUCUCUCUCACUCUGGCUCCACCAGGCCUCUCUCUGUCAUACUUCCUGUUACUGCGUCCCCACCCUAUAACUGCUCCCCUGGAUCCAGCUCCUCCUCUCCCACAUCAAAGGUUCCUAUCUGGAAGGUUUGUUCUCCAUCUGCUCCCAUGGCCUCAGUUGCUGCUUUUUUUCUGUUUCAGUUAACGCAUCAAGUUUCUUUUUCUUCUCAUUUGAUUAACUCAUCCAUAACCACGUUGCUUUGCUUCCCCAGUGUGAGCAUGCAUUUUAUUUUCUGGCCUCCCCUGUCCUGCUCAUCAGUUUUUCCAGUCUCCUCACUGGGAAUUGGUCAAAAUGAAGCACGGUGUGGAGCGCUAACCAAUCAAACUCAUCAUGAACAAUUCAUACUCUCAAAAAAGGCCCCAGCCCACACACACCCACGCACACAAACUUCCACACACACACUCAGACCCCCUCUCUCUGCACUCAGAUGAAGGGCUUCAAACUGCUGGAGAGUGGACUAGUCUCUCUCAUGUUAAAGCUCUGUGCUGUUCACUCUGAUCACUAACUUACCUCGCCUCCUCAGGAUUGGUCCAAAGCAGGUCAGUAUGAGCAGCCAGCAGCAGCAGCGGCAGUGGCGGCAGCAGCGGUUCAGAGGAGGAAGGAACCUUUGGACAGACUAAGGGAGAGUGAGGGGUCUCCCAGCGCACAGGGAUACGCCGGGCCAUCAGCACAUCCUGAAGACCCACAGAGAUCCAGGAUGACCCCGGCGACCAUUGCUGCGAAGGUAACGCUGGAGUUGCUGUCAAGACAAAUAAGUUAUAACGUACUUUAACAUGAAUCGAGAAUCAAUUCACAAAAAAAAUGAGCAUCAAUCUGUUGCCCAAACUUCAGCAGACGUUAAUGUUGGCAAUGUGAGCUGACAAAAGCUCAGAAAGUAUUCUGCAGAGUCUGGAUCCUGUUGAAGCCAGCACUCUGCAGAAACACCUUUAAAUGCAGGCCUUCCUCUGUGUCAUCAGCAUGGAGACGAGGUCUCUCCUGCAGCCAGCGACCUGGCCAUGGUGCUGACCAGAGGACUCAGCAUGGAGCAGCAGAAGAGCAACAGAGACUCCCUGCAGUACUCGAGCGGGUACAGCACAGAGACCACCACUCCAUCCUGCUCUGAGGACACCAUCCCCUCACAAGGUCAGACUCCAAACCUUUACCUUUAACUCUGUUGUUUUUUUAAAGGAAAACUGGUUUUACCAGGUAAAACAUGAAAAUCUUUGGAAAAUAGAGAUUAUUGGCUCAGCUACAGAAACACAAACACCAACCACAUUUUUUCCUCAGCAUUUGAUGAUAACACUUUUCUAAAUUAAAGCUAUAUAACUAAAGUUGAUAGAUUGACUGUGAUGAAGUCUGUGCACAUUAGACAGUGUAAACCUUGAAAACAAUGCAAAUUCUUCUUCAUUUGAAAAGGUUCAAACUGCCUCUAAGAUGACUCCACGGGGGAAGACUCCACCUCCUCCUCCACCGUAGCCAUUAUUACCUCUAUUGUAGCAUGAUCCCAGCCACCUUUACCCUGCAUUUACUGGAUGUACCUUAAGAACAUGUAUAGAUAUGUAGAGGGGUCAAAAGUACAUUCGUCUUUGUCUGUAGGGGAGGAAAAAGGAAUACAUUUGAAAAGCCCUUUGAGGUCCUUGGAUACAAAGGGCACUACAGUUAUUAUUGGUAUUAUUUUUAUUAUUAUUACUUCACUGUAAAACUAUGACCUGAUGUUUGACUUGCCGUCUCCUCUUCCCCUACUUAGGCUCAGAUUAUGACUGCUACUCUGUGAACGGAGACACUGAAGGUCCUGAUGGGCAGACAGACUUUGACAAGUCCUCCACCAUCCCUCGCCACUCCAACAUCGCCCAGAACUACAGACGAAUGAUACAGACCAAGAGGCCUGCCAGCACAGCUGGGCUGCCCAGCGGGGUCCUGGGUCCAGGAGGACAUGUGAUACCUGGACAACCAGGUGGAGCUGGUGGAGGAGGAGCAGGUACUCCAGGUACUGCCACCAUCCGCAGAACCCCAUCUACUAAACCAGGCGUGAGACGCACGCUGUCCAAUGCAGGGCCAAUCCCCAUUCGACCACCCAUUGUGCCUGUAAAGACCCCCACUGUUCCCGGAGACUCUCACUCACCUGGUGCAGGUGGAGGUGGGUAUGCAGGUGGAGGGCAUGUGGGUGGUGUGCCAGUGCGAGUGGGAAGUGAGGAGUGUGUAUUCUUCACUGGAAUGGACGAUGCACAGGGAGCACUUGAUUACGUGAAGGCGUCACCGAAGCGCCUCAGCCUUCCUAACACAGCUUGGGGCUCAGGGGCAGCAUUGGAAGUCUACGCCCAGCAGCAUGGAGGCCUGGUGCUGGGCGCCAGCUCAGGGGCGGGGUCAGAGGAGGAACAGAUGAUUGCAGCCAAUCGGCACAGCCUGGUGGAGAAGAUUGGAGAGUUGGUAGCCAGCGCACACGCUCUCGGAGAGGGUCAGUUUCCUUUUCCUGCCCUCCCUGAUGACCCCGCCCUGCAGCCAACCGGCUCUGCCGACUCUCAGACAGGGACAGAGGGGGCAGAGGGGUCUGGUGACAUGUUGACCACCAUCAGGAGAGGAGUCCGCCUCCGUAAGACCGUCUCCAAUGACCGCUCAGCCCCGCGCAUCUUGUGA